GGGGGUGGUGGUGUUUUGAUCACAUCAUGGGCGACGCAGAAGGCGGCGGCUCCGGGUGGCCUCGCUGUAACCUUGCUGAGCCUUGCUCUGACGGAGGAGCCUCCCCAUAUAUAGCUCUUUCCCUGACUAGAAGGAAGAAAGGCGUUAUCACAACUUAACCCUUUCUACAACCUCCAGUUUCAAACGAAUAUGACAUAGACUGGCCGGACCCCAUUUGUGCUGCUAAAUCUUGGAAGUAAUAUGGUUAGGGUAGAAAUACUGUAAAAGUUUUUCUAAAUGUGCAUCCUGGCACUGGUGUAGCCAGCAGAUCCACAACAUCCAUUUAAAGCACACCCAACACAUGCUUAAAGCACAUGGGUUCCAAUGAUACCUGGGAACUGUAGUUGCUUCUUGCAGAGCUACAAUUCCCAUCACCCUUCAACUACAGUUCCCAUUAUUCUUUGGGGGAAGUCAAGUGCUUAAACUGUGUUAGAUUUGCUUUAAAUGUAGGGUGUGCAUCUGCUUCCAGGCUUCGUGCACGCUAUCCAUUAAUGCACAUGACAUACCCCAAAGUGUUUCAAAGUUUCUCCUAGGUUUUGUUCAUACUUUAAAAAGUAUAUUCUCAGCUCUGAGACUCCAGUCAGAGACAUGUUUUCUUGCUGGUGCUGCAACCAUUUACAUAGUAUUAUGCCAACAACUGGACACUUAGUUACUUAGGUAUAUAGGAAGCUGCCUAAUGCUGAGGCAAUUGGUCCACCUAGAACAGUACUGUCUGCCAUUGGUAGUGACUCUCCAGGUUGUAUCUCAGUCCUACCUGGAGAUGCCAGGGAUUGAACUAGGGACCUUUUGCAUGGAAAGCUUGUGUUCUACCAUUGAGCUAUGGUGUGAGACUGGUAAUUGAUCAUUUACAUAUUUCAGAGUUUUAUAUCCCCUUAUUGCAAUGUAUUUACAUUCCUCAUACAUUGAAAUAACAAGCCUGCUAUCAUUUUAAUGAGGCUAUACUGCAAAAAAAACCCUGAUUAUUUAUAAGGCUAAUACUUCCAAUUCUAAUUAUGUUUAUUUACUUAUUUCCUAGUUCCUAUGAGCAAUGUGACAAAUGUAUGAGUGCUUAUUGAAGGUAUUCUGCUUGUUAUGUGUGCACCUACUUGUGUUUGAUGAGACAGAUCUUGGCACAAAAUAGUCUGCAGUUCGUGCUUUUAAUACUUUGUUGGCUGGAUCCCAGAGGGAAGGUUGGAUGUCACGCAGGUCCUAAUGAGAUUGCAUGACAGGAAAGAUUGACCUACCUUGUAACACCAGGAGUAAGACGCCCCACCUGGAUGGUGUGUGUGUAUAGGUGUGCAAUACCAUGCACCCAAUAUCUAUCCCAAUUAUAUUCUUCUCACAGCAGCAUAAAUGAUCUGGGAAAAGCAAAUUUUUCUAAAGAUAAGAUGCUCAAGAAAACGGGGGAAAUACCUGAGGCCUUUUGCUGGUAUGUCUUUCUUUCUUUCUCUCCCUUUUUAACUCCCUUCCAUGAGCUUUUAAAAAAAUUAACAGUAAUAUUCACUAAUGUAGCAAUACAAAUGUGCUUAGGUAAAGCAAAGUGUUUAAUAAGUAUCGUAGUUGCUGCAGGCAAAAAGUACAUAAAGUGAAGUUAGCAUUUAUCUGUGAGGUGUUAUGUCCAGGAUUAUAGAAGCUCAGAGACAUUUAACUGCCAUAGGGACUGAAGCAGACCUUAAUUUUGUCUGUGCAACUGACAACUUGUGCAUUUUCUCAAGAGAAAGAGGAAAACAACAAGAGUAACACCCACGUGCUCAUUAAGUCCCUUUUAUCCAUAUGGCAGCAGGCUAUUAAGAAGCUGCUGAGAAGUUCUGUAUACGUUCAAACAGAUGAACUUCUGUUCUCCAGAAUAGCAGGAUUAAUGUCGCUCAGCAUUACUCAGUUCAGUGUGCACAUUGCUAUCUAAUUUGUUCAUCAUUAUUGAUUGCUGAUGGUAUAAAUUGUCUCAAUCAGCAGUGGUAAUUACGGUACAUUUCCUAAUAUGUGCUAUAGAGUUGUCUAAUUGGAAAUGCGCUGGCAAAUAUGCAAGAAAGAGAAAGAAUAUAUAAACAGUGGAACAGCAACCCAAAUAAACAAAUGCAUGUGGAGAAAGUGUUACAAGAUUCAGAAUGGGUUUUUAUAAGGGUAUAAGCUGAGUAAACAAUUUUUAGUUGAGUUGAUGAAUCAUAUUUGUUUUGAUUAAUUGGCUAAAGCUGCACACGUUUGUAGGUGAAAAGGAGUUCUUUUAAAAAUAUUUAUAAAAUUAUUUUUGAAUCUAAUAAUUUUUAAGAAAAAAGAACACACCUGUUUGUUCCUGGACUAGUUCCAAGUUUGAGGGGGCCCUUAGCAAACUGCCCCCUUAAAUCAGUGGCCUUCCUGACCGGCUUGACUGGUAGUAGCAAUGACACAAAGCAGUAGGACUCCAAUCACUAUCAGGUUUUUAAAAAUUUACUUCCUGAAUUUGUAUCCCACCCUUUCUUCCAAAAGUAGCCUGCAAUGGAUAUCUGAAAGCCACACGUUUAAUUUCCUGCAAUGCUCCAACUGGAGGCAUUGUGGGAAAUUUAGAUGGCAGACAGGUGGAGGAAAUUAAACAGUUAAAGGGAGUUCCAGGGCAGGCAUCAGCUGUGGACCAUGCAUAACAGCAGGCACCAUCUCAAAAAAGGCAGUCAUUUCUAGGUGUGAGAGAAGGGUAUAUGAUAAUUACCACCAGAUAUCCUUCAACUGCAUCUGAGUUUUUGGUUUCUAUUUAAAAGCACCAGGCAUUCAGAUUUUUCUUUGGAAUACCUUUUAGAAAUAUCUAAACCAAAUUUAUUUGGGGUAAUGAAUUUAAAAUUACAGGGACACUCAAAAGAGUUGUGAAUGAAGGUAUUAAUUGACCUCACUUGACUGAAAUGCCAGCUGCAGAAAUGGAAGAUAUUCGAACAGGGGGGCAAAGUCCUGUAAUAAAUAACUACGAAGGGAACGUCAUUCGUUUCUUCUCUUCCUCAUUGAACAGAGGACUGUCUUUUCAUGGUGGAAUUCUUGAGAACUGGCCUUCUGUGGCUAAAUCUCCUUUCUUAUUACACUACUUCUGUAAAAGAGAGACGUGAAAUCCAUCCUACAUAACCAAUCUUCUGAACAGGGAGUAAGUACACUCUUUGUUCUUUCAUUUGGUGUGGAUAGUGGGUUUUAAAAUGCAACAGCAAAGGAGAAAUUGCUUCCUAUAAGCCGCUCCACACAGAAGGGUUGAAAAUUAUCCUUCGUAGUUAUUUUUUAUUAAUUUAUCACAGGAAUAUGGCCAUUUGAUGUGGACAUAUCGGAUAACAAAGUUAUUACAUGCUAGGAGGCUGGGGGUGAACUUUAAGAGAGCAAUCCUAUGGAGCUAGGGGGAGAGGGAGGAGAAUCCAUGGGAAAUCUAUUGCCACUUUCUAUGCCCUGCUAGCUUGAGGUGGCCAGGGCAGAAGAUGGCGGUGGCGGGGGGAGUGUUUUCUCUUUCCCCCUUAUACUAGUAGGAGGGAGGGAAAUUAACUGCAUCAGGUCUAGGGCUUUGUGUAUUGUUUGACUUUGGUGUGUUGGAGGAUCCACCCUCAAUGUGUCUUCAAACCCUGAUGCUUCCCCUCAGUGGUACAUCCAUGCCCACUGAGGUUUUAGUGGGCAUACUGAGAGCUCCUGACACAGCACCCACUUCGGGAACUUCCAAAGGCUCCACAGACAGCCUGUAACCAAUUGUAAGGUUGCAGUCAUGUUUUUUUAUUUGUAUUUUUUUAAGGAAAAUAUGUGACAAAAUUGUUUUAAAGUAAGCCCCAUUGAUCACAACUCAUUUCUGAGUAAUCAAAGGCCUUUAACCUUUAAAAUAUAAAUUUUACAAUAGUUGAAUAACAGAACUGCAAUGUUCCAGAAAGGCACAAUUUUAGCAACUAUCAUCCUGGAGGAAGAUAUGAAUCAAGAAAACCAAUUUUAAAAUAUAAUUAUUGGGGUGUUUUCAAUCAUACUCUUAAUAUUUGAUUUACCAUACUUUUAAUAUUUGAAGCCAGACAUCCUGUGUUACAAGGAAUGUAAGUGCUAUGUUCAAAAAUAUAAUCUGUUAUUUCAAAAAUGUUUCCAAUGUUUUACCUUUGAGCCUUUGCCACCCAGUGAUGUACCAAAUAAUAAUUUUAUAUUCAAAUGCUUUACAUAUAAUAAUAAAAACACUAUGUUAAGGUCAGAAACAUGUAAGAUUUCAGAGUUUCAGGUGAAUAUUCCUAUUAAAAUUGUCUUACAUAAGAGCAGUGUUUAACCGAUUGCACUAUGGAGUAUUUAAUCAUUUGGGAAGAAUGUUUUGAUUUUUGAAUGUUUAGGGAAUAGAUUUUACUCAGAUUUGGAAACACUCCCCGUUUUGUCUUGCUGUUAGGAGAACUGUGUCCCAAAAUGCUGAUAAAUUAUUGUAAGGAGAAAAACAGAGAAAUGGAUAAAUAUUUAUGGAUUUGUCUCUUAAAGCCAGCAAGUACAUAAAACAUAAUCUGGGAUGAUUAUGCAGGCCAUUAAAUAUAUUUCCUACAUCUAGCCUUGGUCUCACUUGCCACUUUUCCAUCUACCAUACAAAGAAUUCCCAUUUGGUUUUUCCUCUAAACUUUGUAACCAAUUUGUUAGUUACAUAUUGGAUUAUGAUUUUUCUUUUUUUUUUUAUAUAAUUUUUUUAUUGAUUUUACAAACAAGUUUUAUACAAUACAAACAAAUAAAAAGACAUACAAACAUGUAUAAUUUCAUAACCUUUUUUUUCAUAACCCUCUCUUCUCGGACUCCCCAGACCUCCCCUUCCUACAUCCCAAUUCCCAAAAUUAUUUCAGCAAAUUCUAAAUAAUUUUAUCAAAUAUAUUUUUCUUAUUCUUUUUUUUUCUUCAACUUAAUCUUAUGUCGCUGUAAUCUCCUUUUCUUUCUCCAAACCUCGACAUUUUAACAUUCCUCAAUUUUAUGAUAGUUCUUUAGAUAGAUCUUAAAUUUCUUCCAAUCUUCUUCCACCGUCUCUUUCCCCUGCUCACGGAUUCUGCCAGUCAUCUCCGCCAAUGUCAUAUAGUCUAUAACCUUCAUCUGCCACUCUUCCAAGGUGGGUAGUUCUUCUGUCUUCCAAUACUUUGCGAUGAGGGAUUAUGAUUAUGAUCGCUUCUCGGCCUUUUGGCUAAGAUCAAGUGUAGGAUUAUGAUUUUUCUUGUCCCUUGAAGAUUUGACCUUCUUUUGAUGUUUUUCUCCCUAUGAACACAGGCUGCAUGUAUCACCCUGAAGCAGGAUGGUUGUUUUCAGAAAAGUAAGUCUAGUCCUUUAUCUUGGUGUGACACAUCAUAUAUACAUUGGGGGUGAUGGUGCAGUUUAAGAUCUGAGCUAUAUACAACACAAAACUGUCAUAGCACAAAAGAAGCAAACUAUAAUACAGUUGCUAUCUUACAUCCAAUGUGUGUUUCUUUCCAAAAAUAUAAAUGAGAUAAGAGGAUGUAUCCCCAAGUUCCAACUCUGGGGUGGGGAGUGGGAUUUUGAACCUACAUACAGAGGGGAAAUAGCUAACUGUCCCCACUCCCUAUAGUUAUUCUACUUAAAUUUGCAGCCUUUGGUUUUGCUUAAUUUUUUUUUUAAAAAAGAAUGAAAUCCAGCGAGUGUGAUGUGGAAAUCGCCUCUGGCAGUUUGUUGCAUGAGUCCAUGAAGUACUGCAACAGCUGCUAUAUUUUACAAUUGUUUGCCUAUAAAAGGUAAGCUAAUAAAAUACUUUAAAGAAGAAAUAGAAAUAACAAAGGUUACCAGUAAACUGUUCCAUAGUAAUAAACCUUGGCACAAUGCAAUUGCACCAAUGCUCUGAGAAAACAAAAUGCUUAUGAAAUUGACCAACCAGGCCUUAAGUCAGAAAAAUCAAUAAGACAAUCAAGAAAAAGAAUUUGAGGUUAGACAGCUCUCACUCUCUGGCUUCUAACGGAAGACGUCCAACAGAAGAUGAGAGGCAGCGGGUGGGGGGGUGGCAGAUUUUGGCGUCACACAGGGCACCACUGAUAUUUGAGACACCAAGGUCUGCCACUUCUUACACUUUGGCUAUUGUCCUCUCUGCCAGCCAAGUGAGGGAGGGCCUCCGCCCAUUUGCCUUCUGGCACAGAGCCAGCUUCCUUUCUUACACUAACAAACAUACUUAGGGCCAUUCACCGUACUUAAGACUUUACCAAGAAGCUUGCCUGCUAGUUCAACAAUGGAAUCCUCCAUUAGAUUUUAAGCCUUGCUGGAUCCAGGAUUCAAGGAAUUAGAAAGGACUCAGGCAUCAUGCAGUCUAAACCCCCCAAACUCACAACAUUAUUAAAGAAGGAAAUGUUAAAUAGGUUGAAAAAUUAUCAUAAGAUCCAUAGCAAAGGUUCCCACAGUUUAAUCAACAUCAAGUCGGAGGAAUCGGUUCUCCAAAGCACAAGAAGUAUAACAUAUCCACAAAUAAGUUAAUGACUUUUAUAUCCUUUCUUCCACAAGGGUGACCAUAUAUGGUUGGAGGCCUCUUCAGGAAGUGAGUUUAAUGUGCCCAUUGGGGCAGUUGUAAAGAUUUCUGACUCUGGACGGUUCUUGCUGGAAGAUGAUGAAGGCAAGGUAGGUGUCACAACAUUUAUUCAACAGAUGCAAAUAUUUUACAUAAAGCGAAAGAGCUAGAGAUGGGUCUGAAUGCCACAACCAGAGAUCAAGUUAUUCUUGGUCUUGAUAGAAGUCUAGGAUUCAUAGCUGGAACUUUAUGCAAAUUAGUUAUGCAGUGAGAUGGGACAAACUGGAGGCCCAUAUCUGAACAAUCUGUUCUUAAAAAGUGUUUGAAUGCGCAUCUGAAAUAAUUUUGAUCAAUGGCCUGUCUCUAAUGUGUCUCAAGGGUUAGUUCCUAGGAGUGACCUGAGGUGGUGUAUAAAAUCUAAGCUGAUUAGUUAAAAGCAGUUGUAUUUAAGGAACACUGGAUCAUGGCUCGGAACAUCUGCAAUGUGCGGCCAAUGCAUCCCACUUCUGUCAAAGGAGUUGAAGAUAUGAUACGCCUUGGAGACAUGAAUGAAGCUGGCAUGGUGCGCAACCUGCUUAUCCGCUACAAGGAACACAACAUCUAUGUAAGUUAGAAAUGUGACAUUUCAUUGUCCAGUAAUAAUGUGAAAUAAAAGCUUGUAUUUUGUCUGAUCACAGAUUUUCCUCUCAGUGAAUUAAUCAUCAUUUUACUUUCCCUUCAAUUGACAUUAAUUGAUAUCCAACAACAACCCCCCCCAAAAAAAAACACCUGGUAAGGAAUACUUCAAUGUGAUUGUAAGACUACUUAGAUUUUUUUGAUGAAGAAAUCUGUGCAUUUUGUUACAUAAAAUAAAUAUGUUCAAUAUACAUUCUCUAAAAACAUCAACAAAGGUGUGGGCAACCUAUUUCUUUUGGGAACCAUAUACCUUUGGUCUGACAGUUGCCACAUGCCAGCAGCGAUAGGCACAGCUGGUGAUGGGCAGAGCUAGAGACAAAAGUGUCAUGGAAUAACUAAUCAGGAAUAAAAACCAGUGUGCUUCAGUUUUCACCAUAGUUGCCUUAGAAUCCUGCGAAGAUCUACUCAGAAGUAAGCCCUACUGGGUUUAUUGAGGUUAAUCUCAAAUAAGUUUACAGAGGCAUUUAAAAAAAAAUUGUACACCUGUUCUGGAAAGCAAGUGAAACAAAUUCCUUUCUGACUUUACUGUGCUUCACUCACACACAUGACAGAAGCCUACCAAUUUAUUCUCAAAUUGCUAGGGGGAGUUAUCCCCCACAAAGUAUAACAACAACCCCCAAAAGAAAAAAAAAAUAAGUACUGCUACUGUCACUUCCAUUGUUUUCUGAGCCUACAUGGAAAAGUGGUAAGGAAGAAACUCUGAUGGGAUGAUGGAAGAAUGGGUUUUACUAACUUUAUUUGCAGUCUAGGGAUAACAGAAUUCUCCGUUUAAAUGUGCCCCUGGACUACUGAUUAUGAAUGAUAAGAAAAAUGUAGAGUCAAAUGCAACAUAGCACUAAGUGGGGUAUGUGUACGUGGAAUGAGUUCUGCUUGUGCAGUGAAAUGCUCCCUUCCUUCGCAUAUCCCUUAAACCCAUUCUGGAGAUUCCUUCAAUCCUCUACAGCAGCUUUAGGAGGAAUGGGAGAAGAGUGGGGAAAGACCUGUUGUGCAGGUGGACAUUUCUCCCUGCAGGCAACAACUUAGCCGACUCCUGCCCAAAAUGUUUAUAUGAUAUGAAUAAUGUGUCCAAUGUUGUUGACCCCUAUAGUAGUGUAUGACAGACUCUAAAGGCAGAGAGCUUUCAUUCAUUUAUUCUGCUUUCUACUACAUUUCAAAGGCUUCUAAUCUACCUACACAUGUUGUAUGAUACUUGAUAAGGGCAGAGCAUGAGGUGAUGAGAAUAUUGUUUGGGGUUUGUGUCAUAAGCAUUUUUAUUUAUUUAGACCUACACAGGAUCUAUCUUGGUAGCUAUGAAUCCAUACCAAGUGCUGCCACUGUAUACCAUGGAACAGAUUAGACUCUACUGUAACAAGAGGAUUGGAGAACUGCCACCUCAUGUCUUCGCCAUUGCUGACAAUUGCUAUUUCAACAUGAAGAGAAAUAAAAGAGACCAAUGCUGCAUCAUCAGGUAGAGGCAAUUAGUAGAGGGAAAGUUUGAUGCUAUUCCAAAGAAGAAUAGCUGGUAGGGUUGGGUGGGAGAGAAAGAGUAACAUCUAAGGGAAGCUUCCUGAUGGGUGUUUAUUGUGUUUCUCAUGAAUGCAGACUUUUUGCACUGCCGUCCAGUGUCGUUGGCAUCAAAAUGUCAAACCAUAUUCGCCCUGCCCAUUUAAUACAAAAUUAACCUUUACAGGGAAAUUCUGGUAAAUCAAAAAAGCCACUUGCCAGCCACCUACCCAUUUGUGAUAUCUUAAUGAUGUAUCUGCAGUUCAAGCCCCCAUAUUGAACCACCCAGCGUAGAAAUAUGGACAACGCCAUUAUUUUUAUGGCACUUUGCUCCAAUGGUGUAAAAGAAAAAGGCCUCUGGUUUAGAAGUGACUUGCCAGCUGUGGGCAGAGUCACUAUGCUGGCUUCCUAGCAGGUGGGAUCUGCUCCGUUGUGGCAUUUCCAUCACACUGACCUUCCAUCACACUCACCCUGAUGAUAGGCAACAGUGACCCACCCGCUGGCAUGCUAGCAUAGUGGUUUUGCCCCGCCCAGCAAGCUGCUUUUCUGCUGUGGUCCAGCUUGUUCAUGUAGUGACCAUGGGCCUGACUUUGAUAGGUGUACAGUAAAAACAGGCACAUGCCCUCAAAUGCCACACAUUCGAAAUGAGACAGUGGUAAUGCAAAAGAAGAGGAACACAGGUGUAGGCAAGAGGUAUCAAAACACAGCUAAACAGUUGUUCAGAGAAUAUCCACUUUGUUGAAGUGUGAUGGUGGAAAGCAAAAUUCCCUCUUUUCCUGCAACGAUUGAUUUAAGAUUAUUCAAGAGCAAGAAGAAACAGGCCACUUUUUACUCCAAUUUGUCAAGAGAGUCCAUCACUGAGUUCACCAGAUUUGAUAUCUUAUUUCAGUGGAGAAUCCGGAGCAGGGAAGACCGAAAGCACAAAGCUGAUUUUGCAGUUCUUAGCAGCUAUAAGCGGCCAACAUUCUUGGAUUGAACAACAGAUUCUAGAGGCCAAUCCCAUUUUAGAAGGUAGGCUAUAUAAUGCCAUUCACAUGGCAGUUCAUUCUAUUUCCCUGACCUUUCCCUGACUGUAAAUUUCUGCAUUAUAUUUCAGCUUUCAGGAGAUGUAAAAGCCACUUCUGAAGAACCAAUGGAUGUUUAGCACUCACGUUUAUGUUAUUUGUUUCCAGAAAAAAAUCUGUUUGCAUUCCUCUUAACUCAUAAAAUUGCAGGAGUAAAGUGAAUAAAGUUGGGGUUGUAUUCCAGUACAGUGGUACCUCGGGUUACAUACACUUCAGGUUACAUAUGCUUCAGGUUACAGACUCCGCUAACCCAGAAAUAGUUCUUCAGGUUAAGAACUUUGCUUCAGGAUGAGAACAGAAAUUGUGCUCCGGCGGCGCAGCGGCUGCAGGAGGCCCCAUUAGCUAAAGUGGUGCUUCAAGUUAAGAACAGUUUCAGGUUAAGUACGGACCUCCGGAACGAAUUAAGUACUUAACCCGAGGUACCACUGUAUAGCAGAAGCAUCCAUGUGCAAAAGGGUGGUGAAGCAGUGAUGUUGUUCAACGAUGGUUCUUGUUGUGAGGCACCAUGCUCACUAGUGUGAAUGGAAUUUAGUUCAACAUGCCAGCAGAUUGGUAAAAAAGCCACAGUUCUGUAUCACAGCAGGUGCUGCAGUGUUAAAGGAAUAUUAGAAAAUGGAAGAGAAGCGCUAACAUUAUAAUCAAGAAAACUAAUGCAAUAUUCUGCAUGUCUGAAAGCACCCCUAGAAUGUACAUCAUAUAUUCCACUCAUACAAUUAUAUCCACUGUUCAAUCUGGAGGUUCCACUUGCGUUCCCUAUUCAGCUAUUAAAUAUAUGAGGAUGUCUCAUAGAGAAGGGCAUGCAGUCAGCCUUUGCUGUCACACAUAAGGAAAAUAUUGGGGAGAAAUUAUCGUCCAGUUCUGGAAUAUUCUUAAAAGAAAUUGGAAGUGGCACAUACAGCUGUACUUUUAGCUGGCUACACUGUAAACAGUCAAUAUCUGGCAGAGAUUUAUGGACUUUUAAUGGUUUUUUAAUCAGAUUACUUUACUGAAAUGUUUAUACAUUAAAGAUGGCUCACCACCCUCAAGAUCUUGGGAUGUAGUUGACUAUAAAUCAAAAUAAAAUAAAAUAAAAUGAGCACCUCUUACUUUGUGAAGAAGAACUUCCAAGUAUCUUAGUGCCCUGAAUGAUUUCAAAUAAGCAAAAGAGUGCCCCUCCCCUUCAUGGUGCCAUCUCACCCACUUACAGCUUUUGGAAAUGCCAAGACAAUUCGGAAUGACAAUUCGAGUCGCUUUGGGAAAUACAUCGAUAUACAUUUCAACCAAAACGGGGUGAUAGAAGGAGCUCGGAUAGAACAGUUCCUUCUGGAGAAGUCUCGGGUUUGUCGCCAGGUAAUUCAGAGCACACAUUAAUUGGGGCAGUGUUCCUAUUUUCAUUUGUGCUGCUGUUAUGUCUGUGGGGGUCUUCUUAUCAUUCUAGGCUCCUGAGGAAAGGAACUAUCACAUCUUUUACUGCAUGUUAAUGGGGAUGAAUCUGGAGCAGAAGAAGAUGCUGAAUCUGGGCACAGCUUCAGAGUACACCUAUCUUACUAUGGUAAGUUGUGUCAUGGAAUUCUACGCAACUCCAACGUAUAGUUAGCAGAGUUUCUUUCACAGAGCAGCUUUCAAAACCCUCUUAAAUUUAUUAGAAUAGGAAAGAUCUCUGCACAUCAGAUCAAUACUUUCUGCACUAAGAAAUGCAAACUGACAAGUUGUGCCUUAUGUCUAUCAGUGAACCUGGUCCUUACCAGCCAUUUCACACCAGUACAAGCGCACAGAGGCUUUUCCUCCCACAAAGUUUACACAUGUAUUUCCAUGCAUUUUUAUAUACCCUACAGGGAAGAAAGCUAGAGGAAGAGGCAAUUUAGAGCAGAGAAACAGGAGUGUGGGAAGAGUUCACACACAUCCCCACACACCCUGCUUUCACUCCUGCUUAGUGAAGCAGUUAAUAAAGAAGAAAAGAACUUCCAGGUGAUAGUUUUAUGUAUUUGCAUAAAGCAUGUACUUUGGCCUUUGGGCACUUUUUCCCACUGAGCAUCUGCAAACCAUUCUUAGAUGAGAAACAGAAACCCAGUUGCCAUUCCCUCCCCCCUUUAGAAAGACAUACAUGAAAGUGAAAUGUUUAUGAAAGGAAUGUGGUCCUAAAAAGGAAACACACUUUCUGCUCUGAGCAUUUCCCUAAAUUGGAGAGGGUUUUUUUGCUACCAUCUAACCAAAGGAGGGCUUCACCGGCUAUCACAGAAUGAGAAUGUCAUUUGCUAAAGGACACAUAUUUUCUUGGAAAUCAGUCACACUGAUUAAUAUUCAGUUACAUCUGAUGUUCUGCAGCCUUUUAAAUGUGUUUCUCUGGGAAGGGGGGGUUAUUGUUUUGCUGUUUUGUUUUAAUUAUUUACUUGUGUUUUUAUCUUGUAUUUUAUUCUGUGAACUGCCCUGAGAUCUUAUGAUGAAGGAUGGUAUAUAAAUUUAAUAAAUAAAGUAAAGUAAAAUAAUCAUAAUCAUAACAAUCAUAAUAAAAUAUGAAGCAAGUAGAAAAUAAUCUGAUAACUAGGCAGGGCAGAAUUUACUUCUGGAAUUCAAAGAUUGCCUAUUUCACAAAAGGUCUGAAGGUCUUUGUGGCUCAUGAGGAAGUACAGAAAAAAUACACACACACAUAUAUAGAUUAGAUUAAAAGGGAAACACACAGUAGAAUGCAUUUUGCUUUGUGUUUGCUUGCUUAUUGGUACAGAUGGAAAAGAGGAGACUGAGAGGAGAUACAAUAGCUAUCUUCAGAUAUCUUAAGGGCUGUCACAUGGAAGAGGGAACAUGCUUGUUUUCUCCUGCUCUGGAGGGUAGGACUUGAACCAAUAGCUUCAAGUUAUAAGAAAGGAGAUUCUGACUAAACAUUAAAAAAAAACUUUCUGACAGUAAGAGCUGUUUGGCUGUGGAACAGACUCCCACGAGAGGUGGUGGACUCUCUUUCCUUGGAGAUUUUAAAGCAGAGGUUGGACUGCCAUCUGUCAUGGAUGCUGUAGCCAAGAUUCCUGCAUUAUAGGGGGUUGGACUAGAUGACCAUUGAGUCCCUUCCAGCUCUAAGAUUCUAUGAUUCUAUGCCAGUUUUCUUAGCUGUAAAUGUAUUGUGUGCACACAAUCUCUGAGGACUAAGGCGCGGAGUGGCUUUGGUGAGAAGGGGAGGGGCAGGUGGCUUUGGCAAGGUGUAAUGAAUGGGAGGGUUUGUGGCUUUGGCAAGAGACGUAGGGAGGUAGGUGGGUUGGGUGAACAAAAUAAGCAAGGUUACAGCCCCUAGUUUAUACAUAUACGGAUUGAGCAUAGGUGAACUGCCAAUCUUCGCAACGAAAGGAAAUCUGCUUGGCUAAGGUUCACAAGUCAGUUUAGCAAUCUCCUUUUGCAACCAGAUUCACAGAAUCACGAUACCAUCCUUGAGAAAUCAUUCAAAUGAACCACCCCAUAUCAUUACGGUAUAAAAAUGUCAUCACUGUGCUGUCUUCCAGGGUGACUGCACUUCCUGUGAAGGCCGUAAUGAUGCCAAGGAAUAUGCUCAUAUUCGCUCUGCCAUGAAGAUCCUGAUGUUCUCUGAUUCUGAGCACUGGGACAUAAGCAAACUGCUGGCAGCCAUUUUGCAUCUGGGGAAUAUGGAGUUUGAAGGUAAGUCCAGCGUGUGCGCCUACACACAAACACACACUGACCAAAGAGGAGAAAAUAGGGGUUAAUGAAAUUACCAGACAAUACUUUGAGCAGAAAACAACAUUUUGUUAUCUACAUAAGAAAGUGCAGAGGAAUGUAGAUGAUACAUUACCCUGAAAAGGACUUUCCUUAUUAUACAUACUGUUAAGAUGAAUGCUUUGUCAUACUUGUGUGUAGUGUAGGGGGGGAAAUAUUUUAGUUGGAGAAGUUGGAUAAUUCAAAGUUUUAUUUCACACAGUUACCACAGAACAGAUUGCCCAUAUGUGGAAAAGCAAGAAAGCAAUGAAUGAUGCAUGGGGUGUUUCUGUAGUGAUCUUCAGGGAUCAACAUUUUGAGAAGUGGGCAGGGGAUGGCAGGUAUAUUUGUAAGGAUCCCAUCUACCACAGUUGAAAAAAAAUCACCAUUUUAAUUACUGGCACUGCUUAAUGUCUGUACAGUAUAUUACAUUUCCAUGUAAGAAGGUUCAGGGACCAUACCUUAAGGGGCACCUCCCAUUUUCCACAUGGAUUAUGAACACAAGUACCCUGGUAUCUUAGGGAGAUUACAUUAUUCCUCUUCUGUUGUUACUUUUUUUAGCCUAAUGGCUGCUUCUUGAAUGAGAAAAAGUAUGUUACAUGCUUUAUGUUAUAAAUGAUCACCAAGCUUUACCUUUUCCUUUAUCUAGCUGCUGUGUAUGAUAAUUUGGACUGUUGUGCUGUACUGGAUUCUGCACACUUUUCCAUUGCAACUAAACUGCUUGAGGUAUUGGCGUUGCGCAUGAAUAUUAUUUAUUUACUUAUUUCAUCCCUACAACCUUUCCUCCAAAGGAACUCAGGGCAGUGAAUAUAGCUUCCCACUCCAUCGCAAGCGGUGUGGGCUUCAUGGAUGAGUGGGGAUUUGAACCUGAUCUCCCAGCUCCUAAUUUGACAUUCUAACCACACUGUAUUGCAUUGUCCCCUGCCAGUUUCCCCCCCUUUUUGUAGCACACUUUUUACCAUAUUGUCUUCUCUGCUUAGAGAUCACAUCUUGUGCUCUCAUUGCCACCAGCCACUGCUAUGAUGGCAGGCUUGCCUUGCCUUGCCCUGCUUUCUAUUAAAGGUAAAAGUAAAGGACCCCUGACAGUUAAGUCCAGUUGCAAACAACUCUGGGGUUGCAGUGCUCAUCUCGCUUUACAGGCCAAGUGAGCCAAUGUUUGUCCACAGACAGUUUUUCCGGGUUAUGUGGCCAGCAUGACUCAGCCGCUUCUGGCAAAACCAGAGCAGUGCACGGAAACGCCGUUUACCUUCCUGCCAGAGUGGUAUCUAUUUAUCUACUUGCACUUUGACGUGCUUUUGAACUACUAGGUUGGCAGGAGCUGGGACUGAGCAACGGGAGCUCACCCCAUCGCGGGGAUUUGAACCGCUGACCUUCUGAUCGGCAAGCCCUAGGCUCAGUGGUUUACACCACAGUACCACCCGCAUCUCUAUUAAGUGUCUUUGUAUCCCUUCUCUUGAAGGAGGCGCUGCCCUUUCUCGCCAGAUCUCCUGCAUCUACAGAAAAAUGACGCAAUUCAAUUGUCAUUCUUACAGGUGGAUUCCGGGGAACUCCACAGCAGCCUUACAAACCACUCGAUCAUCAUCAGGGGAGAGAGCGUCUCUAUGCCCCUAAGUGUAGCCCAGGCUGCUGAUGUGAGAGAUGCCUUCGUAAAGGUAAAGAAGAUAAACAGUUCUCCUCAUGUGUGGUUCUCAGUUAUGUUUUGUAAACAGCUUUGAGGUUUUCUACAAUGAGGCAGUUCAUACAUUUUAUGAAGAAAUAAAUAAAAUAAAAAUGAUAAGGUUGUACAUGUCAUUGAAGUUUAAUAACAGUCUAAAGACAAAAUCCUACAAACAAUGUCCUCUUUGGUAUUCCAGCUUUAGCAUCUGAUUUAUUAAGGAAGUUUGAAUCUAUACAAGCCUACAGCUAUAAUGCUUCCUAAAUCAAGAGAGAAAAAUUAUCACUCUUGGCUCUCAUCCAUGGGCUUACUCUCAUGGUGAAUGUUGCAUGUUUUUCUUGAUGUCAGUGGAGCUGGUAUUUCAGCACAGAAUGGCAGAAUGUGGAGGAGAGGGAUGGCAUGUUGGCAUCUGUGGAUGUUUAUUUAUUUAUUGCAGCUUCUUGUUGCUGUGUGCAUGGCAUUUACUGCAACCUGAUGGUAUAGUGGUUGAGAUGUGAUGAAACAGGUUUGUACAGUGUGAAAGGAACUUUAGAAAAUGGGACAGAAGCACUAGCCUUAUAAUCAGCUAAACCAAUGCUAUAAACCCCACGUGAAUGCAACUUAUGUUAAAUGCCGUGCUCUUAUGCACCUUUUCUUUACCCAGGGGAUCUAUGGACUCCUCUUCCUCUGGAUAGUUAAUAAGAUCAAUACUGCAAUUUACAACCCACCAUCUCAGGGUCAUAAAAAAACAUGCAGGUCCAUUGGGCUACUGGACAUCUUUGGCUUUGAAAAUUUUACCACUAACAGGUAUGACAUUCAAGUUUUAACUGUUUUGUGGGAUGUUUUGAGAAGUAGCACACCAUGUCAGAAACAAAUUGUAACCAUUAGUAUUGAUGGAAGUUAUAUUUUAAGUUAAUUAAUUUCCACACUGAAGAUGAUUGAGGUCCACUGAUACAGCUUCAUGCUGAAGUGAAAGUGUGUGGUGUUUGUUACUUGCCCUUGAUAUAUGCUAGAUUUCAUGAGAGCUGCCUGGUGAUUCAAGAUUUUUAGUGGAUUAAUCAUUUGUCUUUUAAUUGGUUACUCAGCCAGUUGUAUUUCUCAUUAAGUGUAUAUUUUACCCAGACCUCAAUAUCUGAAGGCUAUGAAGGACUAGAAGGGAAGAUUAUAUUAAUAAUAUAAAUGUUCACGAUAAAUAAGAAAUAAUUGUGUCCCUGCAGUUUUGAGCAGCUGUGCAUCAACUUUGCCAAUGAGCAUCUCCAGCAGUUCUUUGUAGCACAUGUCUUCAAGCUAGAGCAGGAGGAAUACUUGGCUGAGCAUAUCACCUGGAGUCACAUUGACUUCACGGAUAACUGUACCGCCUUGGAAGUGAUUGCACUCAAACCCAUGAAUAUUGUGUCACUCAUUGAUGAAGAAAGCAGGUUCCCUAAGGUGAGUAUUGUGGUUUUUCUCCAGGCUGCCACAGGGAAUUAGCUUUGUUUUUAUUUCUUCUGUUGCUAUAUUGUAUUGAUUUGUGUUGCAUGUUGUGAAUCUAGCUGUGUAGCUUGGCUCUCUUGCUUUAAACAUCUGGAGCUAUUUGCUGUGCAGGCAACCUAACAGAGACCCCUCAGGUUUCUGUAUCUCUAAAAUAUUUCCUGACUCUAAAAAUGUUGUUGCCACAUUGUCGCAACUCAGGAAGUCUUUUGCCACACAUUUUCCUUGUUUUGAGCACGUAUUAGCAUCCUCCCCGACCCACUUUAAUCUCAUGUUGUGGUUUGCUUCCAGGGAACAGACACAACCAUGUUGCACAAAAUCAACAAUCAUCAUUGCAGAAGCAAAAUCUACAUUCCACCAAGAAGCGUCCAUGACACAGUCUUUGGUAUCAACCAUUUUGCUGGUGUUGUUUAUUACCAGUCUAAAGGUGAGUCAAUAAUAAAAGUUCCCUUUCCCAGCAUUAUAUCAUCUAUCAAUUCAAAGAGAGUUCCUUUUCCCCCCAGUUUCAAAUCCUGCACAUUGAUACUGUCAGACUAAUUCUUGGUUCAUAAACAGCUGUUUCAUUACUUUACUGAACUGGUGUGGUAGGCAGGGUCCAUUUCAAUGGAGUGGGAAUGGCCACUAUCAAAGAGAGAGGAGGGAGAAUGGCCAAGGGAACUCAGUACAAUACGGAAAUUGGCAUCAAGCAGAAAAAAAGAUUUACCUUGCUUCUCCUUUCUUAUAGGUUUUCUCGAGAAAAACCGUGACAUGCUUAGCUCUGACAUCCUGCAGUUGGUUCAUUCAUCCAAAAACAAAUUCCUCAGACAGGUCUUUCAGGUGGAGACACCCGUGAAUGUGAUUCCUUUUGGCCGUGGGAGCAUUAGGCAUCUAGGAGUGGAUCCCACCCUCAAGGUUAGCUGCCCCCCAGCACUGACUUGAAAUGUGGAUGCACUCCCAGCCUCUGUUUCUUAGACAUUCUAGCUGCACUUUACCUUCUGUGUCAAUUUUAAGCCUUUGCCAUAUUUUAAAUGUAUAAUAGUAGGAAUGAUCCCGAGCUAUUUAUAUUAGAUAUAGCUGCUUUAUCCUAUAAUUCAGAAAAUACUUUCCUAGUUAGAAUGAGUGGUUUGGUCAGAAUAUGCAGUUUUGCUUUCCUAGGGUUACCAGAUUCAAAACUGGAGAGUAGAAAUAUAUAGUAAGCAAAGCAUCUUCUACAGUUACAAUCACUCCUAGACUGCAUACACACUAUAUCUUUAAAGCACAUUCAAAGCAUAUUUCUCUCCCCCCCCCAAGGAAUUCUGGUCACUGUAGUUCCAAUUCCCAGCAACCCUUAACUAACUACAGUGCUCAGAAUUCUUUGAGAGGAAAAGGGUGCUUUGAAUGUGCUUUGGAGUUAUAGUUUGCACACAACCUUGGCCUGUUGUGAGGGGAUGGGGUCCCCUGCAAUUCUUGUAUGACAGGUAUGGGGAAGAUCUGCAUGUUUAUUGACUGCAAAACAUUGGCUGAGGAGGAGCAAGCCCAGUCCAACUAGUGCAGGUGUUACAAUUUUGCAGUCAUAGCACUGGCAAAUCAGGAUGAAGCAUUUCUAAGCAUUUAGCCAGUGUGAUGAAGUGGUUAGAAUAUUGGCCCUAAACCAGGAAAACCUAGGCUUAGAUCCCUACUCACCUGUGAAGGUCAUUGGGUAAUCUCGAACUAGCCAACAUCUCUCAGACACAAGGUUAUUGUGAGGAUAAAAUGAGAUAACAUCAGUCUACAUUGUCCUCAGCUAUUUGGAGAAAUGAUACGCGGUGGCUAUGCAAAUUUGCAGCCAUCAUGUUGUAAUAGCAUUGUAGGGACAUUAUUGUGGUGUUGUGCCGAUGUUUAGGAUUUAUCCACAUGUUUUUCAGAUUUCCCCCUCCACUACCUUCAAUCUAACUGUAGCGAAACAUCAAAUAAUUGCUGUACUUAUCUUAUCCAUCUGUUCAUUUCCUCCUUUAUUCUUUCAAAAUUCUGCCCUUUUUGCUCUCCCUUUUGCUGUCCUUUUGCCACCAGUCAUUGUCCUGCCGGGGUUUUGUGCAAUCCAGAACAUCACCUGCUGCCUUUGGACAGGUAAACUGCUUGGAGAAGCAAUGCCACGAUUGAAAUAAUUAAAAAAGCUCUAAAGCCAUCACCUGGCUUUAAUUAUUUCUGUAGCAGCUGUGGGUUUGUGCAAUUCCUAUUUUAUUUCAGUAGGCUGGAAUGGGAACUAUUUCAUUUGGAUUGUGCCUACUGUUGGGAAAAUUUCAGGCAUUCCCCUGCAACUCUGACAAAGGUUGCUAAGUAGUUAGUUACCUGCAGAACGUGCAUGUCCUGUUAGCCACAUUUUCCCCAUUCUGGAGCAUAAGCUCAUGCUAACUGAACUUAAGCUUGUAAAAAUAAGACACUGAGAGAAACUGACAUUGAGAGAUAUGCCCAUGCCUAGAUGUCCUUGUUUCUUUGCAGGAAAGCACCUUGUGUGUUUAUCCCUCUCUGAAAACAGCAGCUUCCAGAAUAAUUGCAAGGUUUCAAGGCUGCUUGAAAAGCAGCUGCCACCUGCCCUAUUCAGAUAUUUUUCAUCUAUGUAUACACACAGCUGCUCCUUUAUCUUUUGCUUCUGUGUUUUUUGGGGGGUUUGAAAACCUGAACCCGGGCUCUUUUGGGAGGAAGGGCAAGAUAGAUUUUAAUCAGUAAAUUUAACCAGGAGCCCCUUACCAAGUGCUGUUUUCCCCAGCAGUUUGCAUAUGGCAUUACAGGCACCAACGGUCAGCUGGUUGGUGGUGCCUGCAAACCUCCCUUUGGCUGAGCCAGGCUUGUACAUAGUAUAUAUGAUGUCAAGUGUUGGGCAGUUGGUUGUGCCUUGGCCUACAUGGUCUCCUGUAGGAGGACUGGUGGGCCUAAUUAGACCUAUAGACUGAAGGUUUGGCAUCCCUGGGCAUAGAUGUCCGUUGAAAUACAGAAUGGAAGAUCCUGUUUUGUUUUGUUUUAUUCAUCCACAUUUGUACUCCUGGUACAUACACAAUUGUAUUCAGAUAUUUUCAAGCUUAUAUAGCUUUCCAGUGCUCAAAAACUGAAGGAAAUUACCAGAAUAGAGUAAAUACAUCCUGAAUAAUCACAAUUCUUUUGCAUCAGUUCCUCCAAAUUAAAAUAUAUAAACAUUAAAUAUUGAAGUUAUAGGAAAAAUUUAUGUAAACGAUAAAAAGUCCUCUUGUCUUGCUAUCCCUAACUUUUUAAUGUAUAUUGUAGUUACCAUUAUUACCAUUAUUUUGUAACAUUGCUACUAGUUUGCCUGUAUUUACCUGUUCCCACAACUUCCUAAUUAUGUCAAGUUCAUUGGGGUUUUCGAAUGUUCAUCCAUGCCUUAGCAUGCAUAAUUCUUGCUAUGGUUAAAAUAUGUACUAUGUUUUUAUUCAUAGUAAUUUUGUUUCAUUUUACCUCCUUUAUUCUCUUGGUUGGCAUGUCUUUUCUUCUUUAGACUUUUGUUCUGUCAACAGUUAUUGUUUUUCCCCUCAGAGCAGGCAAGAGCUACCCCUAUGUUAUUACUCUGUUGAAUUUGCUCAUCUGAGUUGCCACUCCACCAUUUUGUGGCAUUAACAAUAACACUAUUACAGCGUUGAGAUAAUUAAAUGUUUGUUUGUAACCUAGUUCAUAGAGGGUGAUUUCUAACUAAUUGGUCUAUUCUGAAUAUGAGUAAUGCUGGAUAUUACCCAUAGUUCUUCUUUAAACUUUUCUGUUCUUUGUUUAAAGAAGUCAAAAUAUCCAACAAUAAGUAUCAAGUCAGCUCCAGUAGAGACACAUAAUACCACCCUCUCUUUUACAUUUGUCAUUUUUCCAUUAAACAUCUAUGCCUGUUGAAGAAUUCUGAGCAAGUUGACUGUUGGUAUUAUAAAAGGAUGAUUUCCUUUGGUUUGUGAUUUUGGCCAUUGGAGGGCAGUAGUACUUCACAUAUAAAACCAAUAGAUCCCACAAACCAUGUUGAAAAGGGAACCUCAGGUCUACAAACAUAACAGGAGAGGCAAUGGGUAUAUAUGCUCCACAGCUUCAGACACACAUUACAAACGUCCGCUAGGGGGACACAGUAGACAAAGAGAGAAAUUGUCAGUCAUAAAAAGUAUGGCUUUUUAUUAAGGGCAUAUUUGCCAGCAAUAUUAAGAACACAUUUUCUCUGAAAAUGCAUUGCUUGGAUUGUUUUUAAUGUGAAUGCAAAGCAGUAAGAAAGGGCUUUUCCCUGUAUGGUUGUAUUAGCAUUGUCCUUAUUGGUUUGUCUACACCACAACGUCAGGCAAAAUGUGCCUCAUCAGCAUUUUAUUACUUCAAACAUGUGUAGGAGUUCACUGUGAAUGGGUGUUCAGUCACCGAGGCAGUACAUAUAUAUAUAAUGCAGCAUAGUCAUUCAAUGCAUGUGGGUGUUGAAUUGAUAUUCAAGACAUGUGGUUUGCUCUCCCAGGGAUCAGAUACCACCAAGCGUCUCUCUACGUUAGGGGGGCAGUUCAAACAGUCCCUGGAGCAGCUGAUGAAAAUCCUGAGUAACUGCCAGCCGUAUUUUAUCCGCUGUAUCAAACCCAAUGACUACAAGAGGCCAAUGGUAAUAUUUCAUUAAAAUAUCUUGAUCAAGUUUUUGUCUAUAGCAUCUGUUGGUUUGAAGAGAAAGGACAUUCGUUUGGUAGGAAUUAUGCAGUUAGCAGAGCUGGGGGAUGGGGGCCAGCCCCUCAAAAAAAAAAAAAAAUCCAAUGAAAGGGCUAGCCCCCCUGCAUGUUGUGGGGCACACUUGUGUCACAAGCACAAGCUGCGGGGCAGCUGCACAACAUGUCAGCACACACCAUAGCAUGUGUGAGUGAUGUUAGCAUGCCACUGGGUGUGUGUGCACGAUGCCAGGAUGCCACAGGGCAUGCUUUCACCAUGCGUGCACGCAGCAGGGCAUGCAUACAUGAUGUGCUGACGUCGCAUGGCCCUGCCGGCCUCCCCCCCCCCCCGCCCCAGUCACGGGGGCAAGGUGGUGCAUGUGACAGGGUGCUUCCAAAUGAGGGCAGUUUCCUGCAGGUGGCACAUUCAGACCUAAUUUUCUUUAUCUGAUUGACAUUCCAGGAUUUAAUAGGCUGGCUCAUUCAUUUUGGUGAAAAUGUGUAUUAAUAGGCAGGUACGAAUAAGAAGCAAGCAAGUGGGUGACUCUAGCAAAUGUACGGCAAUAUUGACAUCCCUUCUUCCCUGCUGUGCUUGUUCUGGUAUCCCAACUUGACUGAAAAUGUGAAAGAGAUAAAUAUAUUUUUCAUUAGACCCAAGAUGAGGUGUGAAAAGAAUAAACAGGAACAUUUAAUGCAUAUGGUACAGAACCGAGGUUGUUUGUGUUAAAUUUUGCUGUGUGUUUUAUUUUCAGCUGUUCGACCGAGAACUCUGUAUCCGUCAGCUGCGCUACUCUGGAAUGAUGGAAACCAUCCGGAUUAGGAAAGCUGGCUACCCAAUUCGCUAUGGCUUUGCAGAAUUCUUUGAGAGAUACCGAGUUCUGCAGCCAAUGUCUUCUCGUGAGCAGGCAAGUUAGCAGGACUGAUCAACCUUAUUACUGCAGUAAGAGGCAUAUUGAUUUGUAAAACUCAAAUCCCUUCUUACUGCUAUAUACAUAUCCAGUAAGCACAUCACCAAGAAGGGGGUUGCUUUAUUUAUGCUUUUCUUAAGUCAUCCUUUAACAGUUGCAAGAAUUUAUAUGGCAAUAUUACCAGUGAUAUAAAUCUCACCAAUUCUAGUUCAAAAAAGCACUUCCAGAGUAUGACCAGAAUCUGGUGCCCAUUUCUUAGUUAUUUAUCAUGAGGCCUCUUAAGUUUCCAACCAAACAUAAAUAUGACAAUUGAUUUACAUUUCAGCUGAAGAAUGAUGCUCGCCAGUGCUGUAUUUACAUCUGUGAGAAGGUGAUAGGAAAAGAUGAUGAGUGGAAAAUUGGAAGAACCAAAGUAUUCCUGAAAGUAAGUUACUGGUUUAAUCUAACAGUUUUGUCCACUUUGAACAGCCACGGCUUUCCUCAAAGAAUCCUGGGAACUUUAGAUCAUGAAAGGCUCUGGGAGUUGUUAGGAGACAUCUAUUUCCCUCACAGAGUGACCCUCCCCAAAGGAAUUGUUUGCUAAACCACUCAGAAUUGUAGCUCUGUGAAGAGAAUAGGGGUCUCCAAACAACUCUCAGCACCCUUAACAAACUACACUUCCCAGGAUUCUUUGGGGGAAGCCAUGACAGAUUAUAGUGAUACGACACAGCUUUAAACGUAUAGCACAGAUAGGGCCUAUGUGAGAGCACUGUUCCCUCAGGUCUGUUUGCCUGAUCUUCUAUGAAUUGUUUCUCAUCGCUUCCCUUCAGCACUAUGUAGUGGUGCACAGGGUUCAGUCACAACUCAGUAACUUGUACUUACAAGUCAUAGACCUUGUCUUCUCCUGCCCAAAUUAUUUCUGUGGACACCCAUGCUUGAGAGGAACUUACUCUCCAUCUUGAAGCUGAGUCUACAAGCUGACCUCACGGCUGUUGUAACAUCCACCCUCAUUUUUGUACUUGCCCCCCUUGUUCCCCUCACCUGGAUCUAAAUCGGUUGACACCAGAUGACAAAGCAGAAGUGUUUUCUCCAUCUCCAUCACAGAUUCUCUAAUACAUUUUGUUGCUAAGAGCAAUAGAAUAACUCAUAUAUUGUCCUAUAUACAGACUGAUUGGUUCUGUUUUGUUACAACCCUUUUAUAUGUGGUGAUUUUUAGAUUAGAUUAGUUGGUGAUAAACAUGUGAAUUAUUAUUUUUUCCAUUCUUUAAUAGGACUAUCAUGAUACAGUACUGGAGGUGCAGCGAGACAAAGCACUCACAGAGAAAGCCAUCCUAAUUCAGAAAGUGCUGAGAGGGUUCAAGGAAAGGUAAAAAUGCUUCUAAAGGUAGCAAAUGAAAUCAGAUUGUUAAUUUCCUUUGGGUAUUUUGCCUAUGGGGAGAGAAUUGCAUUUUUCUUGGGCUCGGUGCAAGUGGCUUUUUUGUGUGAGGUGGGGAGGAGGGGGUGCAGUUCUGGGUUUAUUCCACUAGACCCACUACAGUGGGUCAGGUUACAUACGCUUCAGGUUACAGACUCCGCUAACUUAUAAAUAGUGCUUCAGGUUAAGAACUUUGCUUCAGGAUGAGAACAGAAAUCGUUCUCGUGACAGCGCGGCAGCAGCAGGAGGCCCCAUUAGCUAAAGUGGUGCUUCAGGUUAAGAACAGUUUCAGGUUAAGUACGGACCUCUGGAAUGAAUUAAGUACUUAACCUGAGGUACCACUGUAUUUUGGGGUUAAUGUUAGCAUAUUGAGGUUUGUUUUGUUUUUGUUUUAAUUUCUUCUGCCUGCAGGAAACAGUUUCUGAGGCAGAGGCGCUGUGCUGUGGUUAUUCAGACAGCCUGGAGGGGAUAUUGCUGUCGGAAGAACUUCAAGAUGGUAAAAAGCUUGCGUGGAUCUUUCAGAUACAGUUAUCAAAAUGGGCUCUGCAUAGCCAGGCACACUAUUCAUAGGUUCUUACACUAAAAGACCUAGAACACUCAAACUUUACUUUGACUGGGAUUCAAAGAGUCAGCUGCACAGCUACUUAUGGAACUAUUUAUGGAACUUCACACACCUCAAAAUAUAUGGUGGGCUGCUUUUGAAAUGUUGCAAGUUGUGCUAUGGCACGGCAUUCUGCUGUGCAAAGGGGAAAGUAUCAAAAAAUCCCCCUGGAUGUGCUUUUCACAUAGUUCUUUGGAUCCCUGCCUUGGUUCAGUUGUUGUUGUUUUUAACGCAACAACUGUCUAAGGUCUAACAGAUGGCUGAUUUAUCGGGGGGGGGGGGGACUGUUGCUUGCAUGUAUUCCUGAUGUGCUUUUAGUGUAUGGAUAAGAUAAGAGGUGGAUAAGAUAAAUUUGGUUUUGUCACUGUAGCAAGGACCUCCAUGAGAUGCUUUCAAAGACAAUGGAAUAUUUAUUUAUUUGAAGCAUUUUUAACCUGCUGUUCAUUCACCUUGUCCGUUUCUUCUCUUGUGUGGUUAGAUCAUGUUGGGCUUUGAGCGCCUGCAGGCCCUUUUCCGGAGCAGGCAGCUUGUGAAGCAAUAUGAGGCCGCCCGGGCAAGUGUGAUUAAGUUCCAAGCUUUGUGUCGAGGUUACCUGAUGCGCCAGAAAACAGCUGAGCAGCUGAAAGCUGUGUGUGUGAUACAAGCUUAUGCCAGAGGAAUGUUUGCUCGUAGGAGCUUCCAGAGAAUGAAGAGAGAGGUGGGUACAGCUGGAUCAUAAUCAGCGCAUGAUGCAUCAUAGUAGGAAAGCUUGACAGCAGCCAAAUCCUGUGAAUAGAGAGUUGGCCUAGCGAUGACUUUAGUAUCCUCAAGGUACAAAAUAACUGAAUACUACAUAAUGCAUUUAAUCAUGACCCCCUGCUUACUACAGUUGAGGGUGAGGUCUUGGAACUCUUGACAAGGUGAUAAGAACAGAAUUAUUUAAAAUACAUAUCAAUUCAAUUUGUUUGUGUUCAGGGUUAGAUAUAUUGGCCUCGUUCACAUGUCACAAGCCAUGGUUAAGAGGCUUGUUUAGCUCUUCUUCACUGGAGCAUGGAAGAAACAAACCACAAUCUCUGCCUUUGCUUUAUGUCCAAUGAACCAUGUUUUACUGCAACAAACUAUGGUCAGUGAACCUUGGCUGCAGAUCAUGCAUUUUUGGGAGUGAAACAAGCUGUAAUCCUUGUUUUGGAUGUAUUGCAAAUCCAGAGUACAUGGUUUGUUUCCUCCCAGUACUAGCAGGGAGAAGUGAAAAAGUCCUCUUAGGCACAGUCACACUAACCAUUAACUAUGGUUUACCAGGAUGUCACUGAAUGAGUUUUGCCUUUAGCACUUGCAAUAAAUUUUUUUAAAUCAUUCACAGCCAAAAUGUUAUGUGAUGAUUUUAAAAGACAUUAAUUUUCCAAAAUAUUUUGGAGACCUCAUAAUCAAAUGCAACUUUAAAAUACAGAAUGAAAGCUAUUGAUUUAUAAGGACACCAGUAUGGAUACUUAAGGGACAUGGGUGGCGCUGUGGGUUAAACCACAGAGCCUAGGACUUGCCGAUCAGAAGGUCGGCGGUUUGAAUCCCCGCGAUGGGGUGAGCUCCCGUUGCUCGGUCCCUGCUCCUGCCAACCUAGCAGUUCGAAAGCAUGUUGAAGUGCAAGUAGAUAAAUAGGUACUGCUCUGGUGGGAAGGUAAACGGCGUUUCCAUGCGCUGCUCUGGUUCGCCAGAAGCGGCUUAGUCAUGCUGGCCACAUGACCUGGAAGCUGUACACCAUCUCCCUCUGCCAAUAAAUCAAGAUGAGCGCCGCAACCCCAGAGUCAGCCAUGACUGGACCUAAUGGUCAGGGGCCCCUUUACCUUUAUAGAUACUUAGUUUCUAACAGUAGUAUUUACUAAUUAUAAAGGUGAAACUGGUGUUUUAUUGCAGGGAUACCUCGGUUGGUAGAGUAUGAUCUCAUGAUCAUGAAGUUGAGCCCCACGUUGGGCAAAAUAUUCCUGCAUUCCAGGGGUUGGACUAGAUGAUCCUCGUGGUCCCUUCCAACUCUACGAUUCUUAUGUUCUUGAUGCAAUAAUAGUGUAUUCGUGGUGCAUUUAUUCUGCUUUAUUAGUUGCUCUGUGAUGCUUCCCCACUGCUACCAUAUUAUUGCUGUCUGGAGAGGAUAUAGCUCAACAAAAGCAGAACAAAAAUAAACGAGAACGUUCCUGGUGUAAAAAGUUACAGGAUUUCAGCAGGAAGUUACUAGGUAUGCCCUGAACGGAAAUGAAGCAGUGUGACCAGCCCCAAACUUUUCCAGGUGCAAAGAGUAUUGACAUUGAGAUCACAUGUGACUCCCCCACAAGAUCAUGAGCACAAAUCAUCAUGGAUGCAUACAAUAGAAAGGCUGUCUGGAAGGGGGCCACAGUGAGACUUUUGCCCUUGCUAUAUGCAAAUGUUAGGCUGGGAAUCAUUUGGAAACGAGAGAGUGCUAAGUGAUAAAUCUGGCUAAAGACAACAAUAGUAAGUUUCUGUUACCUGCAGCAGCAACUCAAACUGGAAGCCAGACAGCUACGCUUCAAGGAAGAUAAGCAUCUCCUUCCAAUAACUGGAGCAAAGAAAGCAAGGGAAGAAGCGCUUAGAAUAGAAAAGGUAGGUUCUCUCGGUCGCCGGGCUCUCAUGUAUGAUGGCAUUCAGGCAGAAGAAACUCCCACAGAAGAAAUGUGUGCUUCCACAGCAGGUCACAUACAGCAAUGCAAGUGCUCACAUUUCCAAAGCAGAAAGACAUGCAUGUUGAUGGAGAGUUCUGUCUGUGCAGAAAUAUUAGGAAAGUUCAUCAUACACAACAAAUGUCCUCCCAUCUGUACCUGUUGUCACUACUUUGCUGUUUGUGAAAGUGAAGUUCAUUUCAUGCAUGUGUUAUGGUUCUAUAACAGGUGGUGGGGAACCUUUGGCCCACCUGGUGUUGCUGAACUACAACUUCCAUCAUCCCUGAUGGCCAUGGUUGCUGGAGCUGAUAGGAGUUGUAGUUUAUCAACAUCUAGAGGGUUAAAGGUGCCCCACACCUUUCCUUAUAAGGUCAUCUGAUUUUUUAAAGUCAGAAGUAGCCAGGCAAAUUGGGACGCGGGUGGUGCUGUGGGUUAAACCACAGAGUCUAGGACUUGCCGAUCAGAAGGUCGGCGGUUCAAAUCCCUGCAACGGGGUGAGCUCCCGUUGCUCGGUCUCUGCUCCUGCCAACCUAGCAGUUUGAAAGCACGUCAAAGUGCAAGUAGAUAAAUAGGUACCGCUCCUGCGGGAAGGUAAACAGCGUUUCCGUGCACUGCCCUGGUUUGCCAGAAGCGGCUUAGUCAUGCUGGCCACAUGACCUAGAAGCUGUACGCCGGCUCCCUCAGCCAGUAAAGUGAGAUGAGCAACCCCAGAGUCAGUCACGACUGGACCUAGUGGUCAGGGAUCCCUUUACCUUUACUAGCCAGGCAAAUUAUUUUCACCAUGAAAUCUUCUUGUUCCCUAUACGUAUUUGAAAAUGAAUAAUUUGCUUGGAAUCCAAGAGCAUAUGCUGGGUCUCAGCAAGCUUAGUUCCAGCAUGUUAUAUUGAAAUACAUUAUUGUCACUUGUACAAGUUGUAUACAGUGAGAUUACACAGUUAAUUGUAUAUUGUAUAUAAUUAUAUACUGUAUAUGGUCAGAUAUCUACUACUUAGAUCUGCUUUACCAAGAUACUACUGUGCCUGUCGCUGGAAAUCUAAAACUAGGUGACAGAAAUUAGGCUUAUAAGGAGUAGAUUGCUUACAGAAUCAGAUGAGAUUUAGAAACAUUUGAAAAUAUCUGGUCAGGAGUAGCAGCUCUUGAGUGUUCCCAUAUACUUUGUAAACCUGUUUGUCCUCCUGGCCAUGGAAAUCCAAACUUGCACUUUGUGCUUAUGAGGAUUUGGUGUGUGUACAGAUUUUCAUUCCUGCAAGUUCCUAGUGCUGGCUACAUGGAUUCAUAUAACUUACCCACAGGAACAGCUGGAAGAGGACGCUGAGAAGCUAAGGAAAUAUGAAGCUGUUGACGACAAACAUGAAGCAAUAUAUGAUGUCAUCAGUGACCAGGAAAUGGUGGACAGAGUAUUUGGUUUCUUACCUUCUUUAAUUGGAGGCCAAGAAGGACAGGCUCCUCUGGGCUUUGAGGUAAGCAGCUGUAAAGUCAGUAUUGUAUAGGCCUGUUCACCCCCAGGGGAAAAACAGCAUAUGAAGUGGCCACCUGGAGAUAUUAUCUCCCAGAUACUGACUCCCAGUAUGUUUCCAAGCACAAUUCAAAGUGUUGGUGCUGACCUUUAAUUCUCUAAAAGGCCUCGGUCCAGUAUACCUGAAGGAGCAUCUCCACCCCCAUCGUUCCGCCCAGACACUGAGGUCCAGUGCCGAGGGUCUUCUGGUGGUUCCCUCGCUGCGAGAAGCCAAGUUACAGGGAACCAGGCAGAGGGCCUUCUCAGUAGUGGCACCCGCCCUGUGGAACGCCCUCCCACCAGAUGUCAAAGAGAAGAACAACUACCAGACUUUUAGAAGACAUCUGAAGGCAGCCCUGUUUAGGGAAACUUUUAAUGUUUAACAGACCACUGUAUUUUAAUACUUUGUUGGAAGCUGCCCAGAGUGGCUGGGGAAACCCAGCCAGAUGGGCGGGGUAUAAAUAAUAAAGUAUUUAUUAUUAUUAUGAAGGUGUCCACUACGCACACCUUAAAAUGAUGCUUAUUAAUAGCCGACAUUGACACAGUUUUGUAGAGUGUCUUUGCUAAAAGGCAGGGUACAAAUGCCUCAGACAAGCAAACAGCCUUGCUGGAGCCUCUGUAUAAGAAGAGCCCUGCUGGGUCACACCAGAGGUCCAUCUAGCCCAGCCCAGCAUCCUGUUCUUGCAGUGGCCAACCAGAUGCAUGUGGGGAGCUCACAGUCAGGACACAAAUGCAGCAACGCUCUCUGACUCAUGUUCUCCAAACACUGCCUCUGAUCCCAGAGGUAAUGCAGCCAUCAGGACUAGUAAGCACUGAUGUUUCUGUGAUUCUUUGCCCUGCAGGACUUAGAGACAAAGACACAGAUGUACAAGCUGAACGAGGUGGACCUGGAUAUGAUCCCGAUGGCCAUGGAGCUGGAGGAAGAGGAAGAGGAGACGAGUGGUCUUGCAGAAUAUUCAUUCCCCAAAUUUGCAGCCACUUACUUCCAAGGUUCCUCUACACAUACGCACAUUCGACGGCCGCUGCGCCACCCAUUGCUCUACCAUGAGGAGAAGGAUGAUAUUCUGGUAGUGUAACUCUUCUUCGCUGUGCUGCUUAAGUUCUGCUGACAACACUAGCAGCACCCUAGAUCUUAUUCUUUUCCCCCCUUUGUUUUCUGCAGGCCACAAAAUGCUGUUCUAGAAAUAAAACAGAAAGAACACCGAUGCUAGAAUGCAAGAUUUAGGUUGUGUAUACACCAUACAGUUAAAGGAUGUUCUCCCCCUUAUUACCCUGGGAAUUGUAGUUUACCCCUCACAGAGCUAUAAUUCCCAGCACCCGUAACAAACAAUAGUUCCCAGGAUCCUUUGGGAAGGCACAUGCUUUAAAUGUAUGGUGUGUAUGCAGCCUUAGUCAAUACAACUGCUAGACUAAUUGAUUUACAAUAUAUUUGUUCAGUUAAAAGCAAAACCCUAAUUUACUGGGAAGCUAUUUUUUAAGAACUUUUUUAAAAACACAGGUACUUUAAAAAAUACCACCGUCUCUCGCAUGUGGGAGGGAAUGCUUUAUGCAGUCGUUAUCUAAAAACAAAGGGAGAAUAUGUAUUUAUUCAUAUGCAUAUUUAAUAAAAGAAGUUUAUAAGAUUGACUAAGGUUUACUGAAUCUGUUUACAAUCCUCCAUAAAAGAAACUAUCAUAUUGUGUCUCACUAACAAGCAAACUAACAAGCUGGUUUUACAGUAUUAGCAAAAACCAGUACCAACUACUGACUGAACUGCUGCUGCCAUAGCUACUGAUACUAUUGCAGAUUAUAUCACAAAGUCGUUAUGGUUUCAGUACAGGCACACAGAACCUCACAAACUUCUGUGGGAAUUAAGUGCAUCGGUAAAAUAUGUGACACGUUAGUUUUACCAUUACUAUGCAAAAUUAUCUCAUUGUGUGUCCUAUCCGUAUUAGGCAUCUCUAGCCGUUUGGACCACCAUCUUGCAGUUCAUGGGUGACUUACCAGAACUAGGAAAAAACACCAACAGCAAGAGCAGCUCUGAAGUGACUCAGGUCUAUGAUACCUUUGGCAAGAAAAACCAGCUGCAGCCCACAGGCAACUACAGUCCUGAUGUGGUAAGAGGAAGGCAUUGUUUUUCACAGCUAUAAUCUUAUGAAAAUUAGACCACUCCCUUUGAAGUAUUUGCAUCUUAACCUUUUCGCCUGUGCUGUUCUCCCCCAGAAAAUUACCCAGAAAAUUGUUAUUUGCCCCCAAAGGUACUACUGUAUUUGCAGUGGCAUCUUUGGGGAGGGAAAAGAUCUCAGAGGGGGGAAGUCAGUGUGUAGGAAGGAUGACCUUUCACCUCCCAUCUCCCAAGUGCUGCAAUCCUGACCUGGACUGAGGGACUCUCACAACUGUUUUAUAAAACAGAAAAAGCACGCUAAGUUACAAACGCAUGUUGAGCUUGACCUUGAUAACUGGAGGCUAGAAGUCUGCAUUUUAAUUUGCUACAUUCAAGAACUGAAGCAGACCUCCCCAAACUCCCAAGCUGUAUGUGGGGCUGUCACGGCUGGGCUGUGGGGAGCAGCCUGAGGUGAGCUGGGAGAGCAGGGAUGGAGAGUAAGUCCAGACCAAAGGAGAAACUAGGAGGCAGGACUGAAAAGCAACCAAAGGAUACAGGCACACACCAUUGCUUGGGAAAACCAUGUUGCUCAUGGAAGACCUAAUAAGAAAGGGGAAAUCUUUUACAGUUCUUUCUUUCCUAGAGGAUCCGAUGACCCACCUAGAUGAUUGGGAUGUCUACCCAGAACGUGGAGAUGCUAAAUGGCCUUCAUGUAGGUGCAACACACCAGGCAGCUGUAGACUAGAGCCAAAUCUCCUAAUUCAAACCCAUGCAACUCCUGCCAGUAACACACUCACCAAGAAUUGCCAUCUAUGAGAUGCUUGAUAAUUAUCCUGAUUUUGCAGCCAUCAUAGAGAUGCAAAGCCAAGAGGGUCAUUAAGUGCUAUAUUAAUAUAACUGGUACAGUGUGUAUGGACCAGGGGGUCUGCGUUUGAUUGGCCAAGAUGAAAGGAAUUUUGCAGAUGGUUGUUCCAUGUUGUAGCUGGAUUCUGGGGCUUAAUUGUUAAUUUCCUGCAAUUAGUCCUUGCAGACUUGAAUUGGUAUAAUUAAUGAGGACAGGCUAGUUGUCUAUGAUUGGACCAUUGUUAAUUGUAACCCAUUUUGGUUUGGAAGAAAACUGGGUCAUAGUUCAUUAGUACUCUGUUGUGUGAAAAGAAAGUCCUACAUUCCAUUUACAUUACUCAGUACAUGAUUUAUAGUGCUGGGAGGGUGAGAUAGUCUAGUGUGUGAUUCUUUUUUUAAAAUAAAAAUCUGCAAAGUACAUGGCAGGACCCUUGUCUCGCUUCUGACUACAGUGAAAGCAGAGUUAGGGUUUCAGAAAAAGUGGUUUCAGAAAAUCCUUGGCUAAGCUGGAGAACAACCUGGCUCUGCUCCUCAAAGUGUUUUCUUCAACCAAAUGUUUAAUAUGAAAGUCUACCAACAUUCUAGAAAGCGUUUUUGAUUCCAGGUGAUCUGCUGGUGAAUUUAUUGGAGCCUGGCUGUCCUAUGCAUGCCUAAAAGCUCCACAUGCUCCCAUAGCAUCUUUUCUCUCCACUUCUUUGUGUGAUUACCUGUGCCUUAUGAAGAACUUGUUAAAUCCGAAAGUUUGCAAUAGUCUGAUAUGUCAUCCAUGUGUGUCUUUCAUACUGUGGAAUCUAGAAUCACCAGUAUAACAUAUACUGUGGACAACAAAUCAUUCUUAUUUUGCAUCAGAAUUCCUGCAUGUACUACUUGACUGGAAAGUUCUCAGGAAACAGUGCUUGAGACUGUAGAGAAUAUUUUCCCUUAAUUUAGCAGUUGCCACUGAAUUUUGAGGAUCAAAGUUCAUAAUGAACAUUUCUGUCUUAGAGGGACAACAGGAAGGACAAGUUCUCUAAUGUCAUUUCAUCUGUGAAACUAAAACGGAACUCCAAGCUGACUGGAAAGGUAGGCUAUGUUUUGACAUUGGAUUUGAACAGUGCUAUUUUUACAGAAAAAGAGGUGCCAGAACUCACCACGAAUGCUUCCCUUGUUCUCUUAAAAUAGCAAUAGUGUCCACCUGAGAGGUGCCGGAACUGAGUUCUGAUGAGUUCCAGCUUGGGAAAAAGCCCUGGGAUUGAACUACAUUGUUUAAUAAUAAGUACUCUGGGCAACAGUAAUUUAAUAGAAAAAUUGCAUAUGAAAACAUGUCCAUUCUGAAAGCAAGGGGAGCUGGUGCUUUGAGUCAAGUGACCAGACUUGAUGUUAAAUGAAAAAAGAAAUGUUUGUAAGAGUAGGACAAUUUGGUUGCUUGCACAGAACUCAAAAGACAAAAAGAACCCCAACCCCCUUGCUGAACAUUAUAAAGAAGGCACAAAGAUAGGAACAUACUACCAUAUGUGGUGGUCCUGUCUAGAGAUACAAAGAUUUUGGAACAUGAUUUAUGAAGAGAUGAAGAGAUUGAUAAAAACUACAUUUAGCAAGAAACCGGAAGAAUUUUUACUAGGAAUGGUUUCAGAUAAUAUUCCCAAAAACAAAACUAGGCUAUUUAUGUAUGCAAUGUCAGCAGCAAGGGUUAUAGUGGCAAAACACUGGAAAGAUAAAAAUACACCCACUAAAGAGGAAUGGGUAGUCAAAUUGUGCGAGUACUUGGAGCUCGCAAAGAUGACAGAUGCAAUAAGAGAUAAACCUAAAAAAUUGGUGAAAGAAGAAUGGGAAUGUUUAAAUAAUUAUUUAUGGGACAAGGGCUCAGCAAGAAAGAUCUGGCUAUGUUUAGACUGAUACCGCAUAGAGAAAUGUCCCCUGAUACCAAGAUGAGGGAUUCCUUUGGAAUGCAGAUAGAGAUAAUUGAUAAGAAUAAUGAUCUGUUGUGAGCUUGACGGAAGUGUACAAUAGAUGAGCUUUCCUGCUUUGGCUCAUCUUUCUUUUUCUUUUUCUUUUUUUCUUUUUUCUUUUCUUUUACCUUUCCCAUAGUUGCUUUUGUUCUGUGUCAUGUACUUCGAUAUUUUUUGUAGCUUUUUUAGUUUUUUUUCAUUACUAUUAAGGAAUUUUCCUUUGUAAUUUUGGUUGUUUAUAUUUAUAUGUACCUGUUUAAAGCAAAAAAGAAGUUAUUAAAAAACGACUUUUGUGAGUGAUUGACACUCUGCUGUAGAUCAUCUGCAAGCCACAUAUUUAACAGGUGGUUCCUGUCCCAAGUGUUGCUGAUCUACAUUGUCUAACAGGACUAGCAUGGAAGGCUAGCAUGAUUGUGACAAAACUGCAAAAUCAGCUCUGAACUGCUACAGUAGAUGAUGAUGUGAUGCAGAGCUUUGCAACUGUGAUAGUCCCAUCUUCUGUUUUGAACCUUCUAGACCUCUUUAAUGAAGUACUUCCUCAUUAAAUUCCUCAUUUAAUUUAAAAAAAAAAAGGGGACAAAGACAGUAGGCAAACUAAGGCCCGGGGGCAGAAUCCGGCCUGCGGACAGUCCGGGAAUCAGCAUGUUUUUACAUGAGUAGAAUGUGUCCUUUUAUUUAAAAUGCAUCUCUGGAUUAUUUGCUGGGUCUGCCUGGUGUUUUUACAUGAGUAGAACAUGUGCUUUUAUUUAAAAUGCAUCUCUGGGUUAUUUUGGGGGCAUAGGAAUUUGUUCAUUUCCCCCCUGAAAUAUAGUCCGGCUCCCCAAAGGUCUGAGGGACAAUGGACUGGCCCCCUGCUGAAAAAGUUUGCUGACCCCUGCAGUAGGGGGUGGGAGGAUUAUGUCUCAAGAAUUAAAGGAAAUGAAGGCUGCAAUCCUAUUCAGGACCAAGUCCCACCAAACACAUUUUGUUGGUGCUGAUCCUCUGAUCAGCAAUAAAUAUGACGGGACAGAUGGAUUUACUUCCAAAUAAACAUUCAUAGUGCAUCAGUUUGAAUUAAGAAUUAAGAAUGUAAAACAAGUCCUGUGAGAGCAAACAAGGGCCCAUCUAGUUUAGCAUCUUGUUCUCACAGUGACCAGCCAGAUGCGUAUGAGAAGCUCACAACAGAACCUGAGCACAGUAGCACUUCUUGCAGUUUCCAGAAACUGGUAUUCAGAAGCAUACUGAAUGCAGCUAGUAGCCAUUGAUAGCUAUAUCCAUGAAUUUGUCUAAUCCUCUUAAAGCCAUCCAAGUUGGUGGUCAUCACUGCCUCUAGUUUAACAGUGCACUGUGUAAAGAAGCACUUUAUUUUGUCUAUCCUGAAUCUUCAGUCAUUCACUGAACAUUGAAUUGAAUCUUUAAAUCCCUGAAUGGCUUGGAGGCAGGAUCACUUGCUUCCAUAUGAUCUUCAUCAGAGGCCCUUAACCGGGUUCCCCUGUCUAGUGAAGUGAGUCAGAUUAUGUCAGCUGGGAUAGCUCAGUUGGUAAAGCACAUGACUCUUUAAAAAAAAAAAAAAAUUAUUGAUAAUUUCAGGAUUACAAGAAAAAUAAAAAAUAAAAAACAACACUAUAAUACAAAAAAAGAAGAAAAAAAUAAAAAAGAGAAAAGCACAAAAUAUAAAAACCAAUACGACAAUACAGCAAAAGAAAAAAGAAGAAGAAAAAAGAAAAAAAACACAAAUCCCAAAUUGCAUAUCCAUAAUUUCCAUUUGCUUGUUUCAUUGACCUCCUCACACCUCCCUUUUUGUAUUCUAGUUCAAUAAUUAUUUCAGCAAAGUCUUUCCAUCUUUCUCAAUUUUUGUUAUAAAAUUUAUCUUAACAAUUUAACCUAAUAAUUAACUCAACAAAUCCUUUCCAUCUUUCCCCAUAUUCUGUUAUUCAAAUUACCUUAAUUUAUUUAACCUUAUCUUAUCCCUAAAUACCUUAAGACUUAAAUCUUAGUUUUCAAAUAUACAUAGCUCCUGAUAUCAUUUCUGCUAGAGUCGUAUAGUUUCAUUCCCACAUUUUCCCUAAUAUUCAUUAAGCUGAUUCUAAAAUAAAAAAUUUCCAUUAUAGAUUCUCUUCCAAUCAUCAUCCAGCGUCUCUUCUUCCUGGUCUCGGGUCGUGUCAGUCCUUACUGUCCAUUCCAUCUAGUCCAUCAACCUGGAAGCCUUAUGUCCGAGGCCCUUAAGUCUCUUCCAUGUCCCUUCUGCAAUUCUUCUUCAUCUUGUUUGUGCUUGCCCUUUUCCUUGUCUUUUGUUGGUCUCUGUCUUAGUUUCUUUGCUUUCUCAUUGAGGAGUAGGUCUCUGGGGGAUUCCAACCCAAAAUUGUCUCCAUCACCCUUCAUCCAGCUCGCCCAUUCCCCACAGUCCCACUCCCCACAGUCCUCGAUAUAAUCCAAAAUGUAUUUAAAAUCAAAUUUCAAGAUUUCUCCAAAGCUAGGAACCUCCUCAUCUCCAGACUCCCCUUGGCCCACUCCAACUUCAAUCUUCAAUAACAGCGGCUUAUGCUCCUGUAGGGCCUCGGGUCUCUCCAUUUGUACCAUUUGAGGUGCAGCCGCAUCCUCCUCCAUUGUCAUCUGCACUUGCCCAGUCGGUACAAGUUCAAAGGUUGAUUCCUGAAUGAUUUCUGUAUCAAUGUUCCCUGUUUGUCCACAGUUAUUAACCACAACAGUCAAAUCCAUUUUCUCAUUCAUCAAGUCCAUCUUCUCAUGCAUCUGUUCCAGCAAAACAUUUGUCUUGCAUAAAGCAAGCACCCAGUCUUCCUCCCAGCUCAUCUUUGUUCAAGGUCAGAAAAGACUGUUCCCACGGUCUUAGUCUCACAGAUGUUAGGUCUCAAAUAUACUGCAGCAACAAUUUAACAAGCUCCCUCUAGAGGAGACAAUCUAUUUGUAUCCAUUUUUUUUUUUUUGGAAGACAAAAGAAAGUUACUUUCAUUUUUCAGAUAUUUCAGAUGUUUUUCAGGUAUUUUGUUUCGUUAAAAUGUAAAAGGCAACAUUAGAAUCAACUUGUUUCUCUUCAUUAGCUAUCUGUCAAAGUAUUACGUUCACAGUCAAUGAACCUCUCCAACGGUUUCAGUCUCUGACACCCCGUUCCCAGGUUAGAGGCGGUGGAAACUUAUCCUUCUUCACUCCCUCUCCUGCUAGAGUUAAACAGAGUCCCCCCCCCCUUUUCUCCUCCUUCCAAGGGGGGUUUCAGCGAUUCUGAAUGAAGGAAAUUUAGUCUUUUUUGACAGCUUCCCGGCUUUAGCUUGCAAAAUUUUUGCUUUAGUCUAUAUACAAAAAAGCGGAAGGCGGACUUCCUGUUUGCACCUUCCCGCUUCGAUACCAAAUUAAACAAUUUCUUGAUCCAAUUUUCCGUUUCUACUCACGGGUACUUGUUUUAAGUCCAAUUGUCCACAGGAAAAAGUCAGCGCUCUCUGGCAAUGGCUGUGCGGCUUCACUCUGUGAAAGUAGCAGUCAGUUCGUAGCACCGUGCUUCUCACCCCACUUCGCUCCGGAGCCCCUAGAUGGGAUUCCCCACGAGUAGGGAGGCGCUUCUGGUGCCCUGCCAAACCCCACGUUCCCAGGCUUCCUCCGCCUGGGAUUUCUAGCGGGUCCCCACCUUCGCCGCGGCGGGAAGACCCAGUUUCCACGGAGCCCAUUCCUCCGGUCGGAGGAACUCCGCCAUUCACCAAUGGCGCUGACCCGGAAGUCCGGUAAAGCACAUGACUCUUAAUCUGGUUCAAGCCCCACAUUGGGCAAAAGAUUCCUGCGUUGCCUGGAGUUGGGCUACAUGACCCUGGUGAUCCUUUCCAACUCUACAAUUCUAUUAAAGAGAGGACUUUUUAAGUGGUGGCACCCUGGUCAUGAAAUGCUCUCCCCAGAAAGACUCAUCAAUCGCUUGCAUUAGGAUCUCUCCAGUGGCUGGUUAAGCCCCCUUCUUUCCCUUUCAGGUCAUUUAAUAAUUAAGAUUGAAUGUAUUUUAGUUUUUAAAACUCCUGUGUUUCCCCCCUUGCUAUGCUUUAGUGACGUUCUAUUGGUUUUGUAUGUUUUUGUGCUACUUUUUGUUUUGGUGCUUACUUCUGUAUUUGGUUGUUUUCAAUUGAUGAUUCAAUGUGUGAACUGCCCAAAGAACAUGGCUAAUUGAGAGGUAUAUAAAUGGCAAAGUAAAAUUAGGGUAAGUACCAUAGCUCCGUGGCAGAGCAUCUGUUUUUGAUGGCCCCAGGUUCAAUCCUGGACACCUCCAGGUAGGGAUGGGAAGGCCCCAGUCUGAAACUCUGGAGAGUUGCUGUCAGUCAGUGCAGACAAGACUGAGCCAGAUGGACUGAUAGUCUAAGACAACUUCCUAUGCUCCUAUAUAUGAAUAAAAUUAAAAUUAAGUAUAUAUAGGAGGUGUGUGUGUGUGUGUGUGUGUGUGUGUGUGAGUGUAGAGGCAAGGGGAUGGUUCCAUAGAAGAGAAUGUUAUCAGUUAUAUGUAACAAUUUCCUAUCCCAGAAUUAAGUGUAUUUAUUGAAAAUAACCUUUCAGGCAAGAGGAGGAAAAUGGUUUCCUGCUUCAUUUUAGGUGGCCAACCAGCUGAGCAAUGGGGAAGAUAUGUUUCGGGAGGAAAGCACUGUGUCUGAGGGACCUAUGUCUAACCUUGAGAAAGUGCACUUCAUUAUUGGCAAUGCUAUCCAGCGUCCUGCCAUCAGGUAUUAUAUAUUAAGGGGCAGCUUACAUUUUCAGAUUACAGUGGUACCUCGAGUUACAAACACCUCAGCUUACAAACGCUUCAGGUUACAAACUCCGCUAACCUGGAAGAACUACCUCAAGUUGAGAACUUUGCCCCAGGAUGAGAAUGGAAAUUGUGUGCGGAUGGCACAGCGGCAGCAAGAGGCCCCAUUAGUGAAAGCACGCCUCUAGUUAGGAACAGUUUCAGGUUAAGAACAGACCUCCAAAACGAAUUAAGUUCGUAACUAGAGGUACCACUGUACAGAGUAUAUCCAAAUGACCCGCAAGAAAAGUCUGGGUUCAUCUUAACUUCAUCCAUUUUUUAACAUUCUGUAUAUCUGGUAUAUUAACUAGGCCAACAUUUGUGGGUCUGUGGCCAUUUGCAAACUGAGAUGGGCACCACAUGCAGAACACCAACUUUUUUAAAUUGGUGGCUUCUUUCCAGCCUAAUUUCAGCAAGGAGGGGGGUGGGAGCAAGGACCCUGUGGGUGCCAGGAAAGCCCUCUGCGAGGCCUAUGGGUGCCACAUUGGCAACCCCUGAAUUAGGCAUUCUUGAUAGAACAAGAAUGAAGCAGAAGUGUAGCAUAGGUAGGGCUUUUAUAUGUGGGAUAUGAGGGCCUUUGCCUCAGGCAGCAAAAUGUGUUGAGCCAGUCCUGCAUCUAGCCCUUAGAAAAACGUAUUAAAAAUUGUGUAGAUCUCUACCAGGUUGAGCAUAAGAUGCCUAGGUGCAGCAUUUAUUACAAAACAAAAAGCACAAUGUAAUCAAACAGGCUUCAAGUACACCCACUUGUAGCAGGGAAAUUGUACAAGGAUCUGUUUAGCAAAAAGUCUGUCAUUGGGGAUGAGGAUUAUUUUGCUAAUUAGUUUUCUUCCACAGGGAUGAAAUUUACUGUCAGAUCUGCAAGCAACUCAGUGAGAAUAAAAACCAAACCAGUUAUCUGAGAGGUUGGAUUCUGCUGUCUCUCUGUCUUAGUUCCUUCUGUCCUUCAGACAAGUUUGUGAAGGUAGUUAUUCUGCGGGGGGGUUUUUUUACAGUAUGUUGGAAUCUAGAAUAUCAAUAAUGUACAGGAUUUUGUCUGUGAUAGAUGUGCAUAGAGAGGGGAAACUGCCUAAGACAAAAGCCCACAGCUACUGCCCCUCACCACCACCACCACCACCACCACCUUCCGCUGCCCUCACCCUCAUGGUGCCUCCCCACCUCCUCCUCUCCUCUCCUCUUUUCUCUUCUCUUCUCUCCCCCCACUCUGUCUCCUUCCACCACUUCAACAUCUUGAGAUGCUGUUACCCUAAAAUAACCUCAUUGGCAACUCUAAGAUCCUGGCAUAGGUGCCAACUCCCUGGGGCCCUGGGUGCCCAAGUACCCACAAAAUUCCCCAUGAAGGGACCGGGCACCCACAAAUUUCGGUGCCAGGGCCAUGCACGUUGCAUGACACCCAUGGCCCCAGCCCCCAGGCACCCAUAGUCACAGGGCCAAGCUGGCACUCCUGGAUCCUGGUGCCAUCUUGGAGCUUUUUUCCUGGCAACCACAGAAGAGGGGAUGAAUGAGGAGAAGGCAGUGGAGAUGAUGGUUGUGGCAGUGAAGGUAGCAGUGCAUAAUUGCAGGGUAGGUAGAAAUUCCUCCUUUCACAUUAGCAACCCUAGAAAAAAAAUGUCACUUCCCUUGAGGUCAAGGAGUAUCAAAGAAUAUCAUGUUGUUUGGGAAAUGAUAUUCAAAACCCAGAAAGAGAAGAGGUGUAAACCAUGAGUAAAUAUUUUCACAAGUUCUACAUACCUGUAUUAGAUGGUUAAUAAGGAUUUGGGGGUAUUCUUUGCUUUCUAAUACUGUGGUCUGCUUUAUACUUCCAGUACCUACUGAAUUUCAUCCAGGGUGGACCAACAUUAUAUGUCCCAUACUGUGCUGAAAGACUGAAGCGCACAUAUAUGAAUGGAACACGAUCUGACCCGCCUAGUUGGCUGGAGCUGCAGGUAACCAUCAUUUUAUCCUUUUCUCACAUUGAUUAAUCUUGCUGGGUUGUAACAGAAGGCAGUUAACCUCCUGUGCGUUUUACUGCUUUCUGCACUAGUCUGUCUGGAAUUGAUUCCUUGUGUUCACUUACUCUUUAGACAAAGGCUAAAGUGAUAGUUUUGAUUCCUACUGAUGAGGGAUGAUACAGAAGGAACGGGACAGAGCGCAAGCUAAGAAAUGACCAGAGCAGUCUAAUCAGCUGGAACAGCAGCACAAUAGGCAUCUGCACUUGGGGAAAUAGGGCAACUAUUGAAUUCAGGGCUUUUUAAAAAGUUUUUUUUCUGAGCUUUGGGGGGAAAUGUGAAAGGCAGUACAAGGGAAAUUUGAGAGGGAGACCUGUCUUGUUCAUGAUGUCAUACAGAUGCACGUUAAAAAGUGAGUGAGGAAAGUGUGGCUUUGUCACAGAAAGUGUCCAGUUUGGAAGCAGUGGAUUCCAUUGGCAGAUUGUUGCUUGUGUCUUGUCUCCCUUGCUUGUUUUUCCAGUUCUGAUAGAUGGCAAAAACAUAUAAUUUUUGCAAUAAAACGUGAUUGCAGCAACAACCUGCCUAGUGUGGAUAGGCAAAAUACUGCUGAGUCUCGUGCCACCCCCCCCCCCCCCGGCAUGCUCCCCAGCCACUGAACAGCCUCUUUUGGUUGUCCCAGUACCAAUUUCCAUUCCUGUGGCAGGAGUGGCGAGUCUUUAAGUAUUCGUUUAUUCUCUUUUUGUCCUUGGAGUUUGGCCAUGAGGAAGUGCAUUUCUGGUGAAUAUGCUAUCUUGCUAUGUAGAAUCUCAGUUUUUAUUGUGAAAUUCAGCACUGAUAUUUUGCUCUUAAAAUGAAUACUUGUAAUUAAACCCCAACUCCACUUGCAAGAACAAUGAAGGCAGUUAAGAUAAGCUAUUCAAGGGACAAUUAAGGCAGUAUAUAUUACUAAUCCUAUAUCCAGGAUCAUGGGGAAGAUUUUUAAAAAAUUAAUAUUGGAAAGGAUCUUUGCUGGCCACAAGCAAGAGCACUGCUGGAUUAAGUGGUGUGCCGAACUUUCAUUAUUAAACACUUCCAGUUAAUUGCAGAGAAGCAAUGUGUCUGCAGUACUAAAUGGCUUAGUAGAAGAAGCCUGAAUGUUACUACAUAGGUAAUUACUUUCGUCUAAUAGCAUCUAGAAGAGUCAGGUUUCUCCCCUUUAUCUGAAAGAUGGAUAUUUGUGUAACGAUUUGGGAUUCUCAUUAUAGCUGCAAUAUAGAGCAAGUGUGGAGAAAGUUGCUGUGCGACUCUGCCCCUGUGUUUCUUUGGCUUUCAGGCAACAAAGAAUAAGAAGCCGAUUACACUUAGUGUGACCCUGAUGAAUGGCAGCAGCAUCACAGUCUCGGCAGAUUCAGCCUCCAUUGCAAAGGAAAUUUGCCAGCGUGUUGCUGAGAAAACUAACCUGAAGGAUACAUUUGGUUUCUCUCUCUAUAUUGCUUUGUAUGACAAGGUGAAAGAACAUUGCAUGUGGGGUGAAAUCUGCCUAAAUGCAUUAGGGCGUGGGGGCAUCUACACAACUCUUUUAAAUUUCAGUUAUGUUUUCUGUGUGGGUGGCGGGGUGUGGGGGGGAGAGGGCUCUUUGCCAUCAUUGUAGCCCAACUCUUCACAUGUGAAAAUGCAAUUUCCCAUAUUCUAAGCCUGAUUGUUUGCCAUCUUCCCACAUACCGUAUUUUUCGGCCCAUAGGGCGCACCGGCCCAUAGGGUGCACCUAGUUUUUUUGGGGGGAAAAUAAAGGGGGAAAAAUUAUUUUCCCCCCCAGGCGCUUGGCUGGGGCGGGGGAAGCCCGAGCUUCCCCCGACCCCAGCCCCCAGAACAGGCAGCUCUCCGCAAGCUGUGGGAGAGCUGCGCGACUUCGCGCAGCCCUCCCACGGCUUGCAGAGAGCUGUGCGAAGCCCGAAGCCUGGGGGGCGCUGAGCUCAGCGUGCCCCCAGGCUUUAGGGUGCAGGCAGCUCUCCCAUGGCUUGCGGAUAGCUUCCUGAAGCCUGGAGAGCGAGAGGGGUCGGUGCGCACUGACGCCUCUCGCUCUCCAGGCUUCAGCGAAAGCCUGCAUUCGCCCCAUAGACGCACACACAUUUCCCCUUCAUUUUUGGAGGGGAAAAAGUGCAUUCUAUAGGGCGAAAAAUACGGUAAUUGCAGCAAGUAAGGUGUGCUUUUAGAGCUGAAGACCAGUUUGCGUUUUGGGCUUUUCAAUGUGGCCAGAGUUUACACAAACACACACAUAUACCGACGUAGAUUGAAUGCGCUUGUGGUUAUCCUGGUCAUGUGAAAGUCAUACUAUGAGAUCAAAAUGGCCAACAUCCCUAUGAUAAGUAGCCCAUUGCAUGCAGCCUGUAGAUUUUGUGCUCCUGGUAGCAGAUUCACAUAAAUAGUCACAUGUGCAAAUUCAGUCUGCAUGGGCAAAAAGUCUACAUGACAUUCUUUUUAAAGAACAAGCCCAUUUAUAUCAACCUACCGUGGAUACUCAAGUAAGGAAUGGCCUGUUAUCUUCUAGCAAUCAUCUGGGUCUCAAAAUACAGUGGAAUAAAUGUGGUGGUUUUGGUAUGCAUUUAUACCUCAUGUUUGAAUAUCUACAAAUGUGUCUAUCUACAAAGUUCUACACAAGGCUUUUUUUUUAGGAAUAGUGUUUGUAUCAAGUCCCUGCCCUGACCUCAACAAUACCCUAGAAGGGCAUAAAAUGAAACCACCUUCCCAUCCUUGCAUUACCAUACACUGGCCUGGGGCUGAUAGGAAUUGUAGGAGGGUACCAAGUUGUUGUUAUUUUAUUAGAUCUAUAUACUGCUCUUCAUCAAAAAAUCUCAGGAUAAGAAGAUGGAAACACAAAUAAAUAGUUAAAACAAGUGCUUUUCUUCUAGGGAAAAAACUGCUGGUACUGGCGUACUGCAGCAGUACUGGCUGAUACUGCUGGUACUGGCGUAUCUCCAGAAAAAAAGCACUGGUUAAAACAGAAACAACAAAACAAUAGCCCCGCAUCCCACAAACACAUUUAAAAGGCUGUAGAAUGUUAUUCAGCCAAAGGCCUGGUUGAAGAGGAACAUUUUUGUCUGGCACCUAAAGAUAUAUACAGUGGUACCUGGGGUUACAUACACUUCAGGUUACAGACUCCACUAACCCAGAAAUAGUAUCUCAGGUUAAGAACUUUGCUUCAAGAUGAGAACAGAAAUCGUGCGGCGGCGGCACAGCAGCAGCAGGAGGCCCCAUUAGCUAAAGUGGUACCUCAGGUUAAGAACAGUUUCAGGUUAAGAACGAACUUCUGGAACAAAUUAAGUUCUUAACCUGAGGUACCACUGUAUAAUGAAGGUGCCAGGCGAACCUCCCUGGGGACAGCAUUCCACAAGCCACCUCAGAAAAGGCCUGCUCUCAAGUUGCCACCUUCUGUACCUCUUGUGCAGGAGGCGCAGGAGGAAGGGUAUCAGAUGGUGAUUGUAGGGUCUGGGCAUAUGGGGAGAAGGCUGUCUUAUACCAUGCUGCUAGUUAAUUAUCCUGGUGAAGUAUAACUUACUGUGUAAUUUUCACUCACAACUUAUCCCCUUACAUGAGAUGACUUGGGGGCAUUUUCCCGAGAUUAUUAGACUAUCCAUUAAGGAAAACAACCUUAUUUAUCUUUGAAAUGGGUGAUUUUGAUGUUGUUAGGCUUGGUCGCUUGGUGGCGAACGGGAACACAUAAUGGAUGCCAUUUCCCAGUGUGAACAAAUGGAAAAGGAGAAGGGUGGCCAUGAACGCCACACUCCCUGGCGUCUGUACUUCAGGAAAGAGGUCUUCACUCCCUGGCACAACUCUAAGGAAGAUCCUGUCAGCACUGAGCUCAUCUAUCAUCAAAUCAUCCGUGGCAUUCGAUAUGGAGAAUACCGCUGUGAGAAGGUAGGUUUUUAAUUCACUAAUACAUGGAGUCCAAAGGCACUUUGGGAAAUGGAUUGAUUUGGGUAUACAUAAUCAGUCUUCCCAGCGGCAUUUCUUUGACAAAAUGGAUCUUUCCUUACUGUUUCAAUAUUCUAUUCAAUGCCAUUCGUGCAAUUCAUUCUUCUGUAUAUGUGUGCUAUACAAACCUCUGGAUCAAACCUGCUUGGGAGAAGAUGAAUAUCUAAUUUGUCUAGUCUGGGCAAUGACUGACAUUAGGUUAAAGCCUCUUCUAGCAAAUCACCAAACCUGAUUAAUUGUCAUAGGAAGAGGACUUGGUGGAGAUAGGAGCCAAAUAUUGCUACGUCCAGUUUGGAGAGUCCAUCCAAAAUGAGUUGGUUCAAAACAUGCUCCAGGAGUGUAUCCCAGCAAAGCUGCUGAAGUCUAAAUCCAAGGAGAAGUGGGUGAGCCUCAUCACAUAUGCUCACGCUAAGGUAAGAACACCCAGGGGUACAUACUGGGACUAACAUAUCCCAUGGCUUCUGUCUUACAUAACUUUGUUUUAUAAUGCAUUUGUCCUUCUGUGCUUUCUUCUGGAACAGAAAAUAAGUGUCCUAGAGGAAUGUGGCAGAGGAAAAGAGGACCAAUAUAUUUGCCCCCUAUGGUUUACUAAGGAGGAUUGAGCAGGGGGUCCCACUGAACGAAUUUAUGACAAUUGAGAGGUUUCAACAAGUUGACAAAUUGUGUAUGGGCCUGACAGGGGUGAUGGACUGCUAAUGGUGCACCCUGUUUCUUUCACUUCACUGAGCAUUCGCUGCUGCUGCUGCUGUUGCUGCUGAUUUCCCACUUACCUCUUCUGUUCUCCUGCAGCUUUUCUCUUUCCCUGUGCCCUUCCCCCUCUGCGUUGGUGGCAAUAGCAGCUGAAGUGAACAGUCUUUGAAACACUUGGGGAGAACUGACGGUCGUCUUUCAGUAUUUUAUCCUCGGUGGAUGUGCACCAGGAAAUCCCAUGUAUCGCCUGUGUGUUGCAGAGCAUUUGGAGGAAUUCAGCAAACAUGAAUUCCAAACUGGACUCACUUGAUCCAUACCUUCCAGACUGAAAUAUGGAUUGGACAUGGGUCCGCUUGAGAAUCUACACUCAGUGCACAUUCCAUGAUCAGGCUGUCAAGUAUCCCAGAGUCUCUCAGAGCAGUGAUGACAUGCAUGCCCAUGGAAAUAUCCACGUUCCUGCACAUCUGCAAUUCCUCUUGAGAGCAGAAGUGCAUCAUCAGUACCUGUUUUCCCAGGGGAAUUGCAAUCUUAUUUGUAUAUGUGGCUGCAGCUGUUGCUAAGUCAAAAGGAGACAGCUCACAUCUGGCCUUUGGCAGUUUGGAGGUACUUAAUGACAGCUCUGCCACUUCAAAGGAUUUUAAAGUAUUUCUAAAUCUGUGGGCUUGAAUGGAGUUUUGAGGGUUUCCCCCAUAAAAGUCUGCAUAGACACAGAAGAGAGAUGGUUGUCACUGAAGGGAACAGACUUAGUCACCUCUGCAUCUCUAUGUUGCAGGCCCCUUAUACCCAGGACCGACUUUCCCCUCAGAAUGUGAAGGAGCAGCUGGUGGAUUUUGCCCGCUUUCAGUGGCCUCUGCUCUUUUCUAGAUUCUUUGAGGUCACCAAAUUUUCAGGUAAUGUCAACCCCUUUCGUGUGGGUGAGGGUACAGAGGGGAGGAAUAUCUGAGGUAAGAAAAGGUUGCCACACUACCUUUUUAAAAAUUGUGUUUACAGGGCCAAGUCUGCCCAAGAACCAUUUCAUAGUGGCAAUUAAUUGGAAAGGGAUCUGCUUCCUAGAUGAGUCAGAAAAGAGACUUCUAGACCUGUCUUUCCCAGAAAUCACUGGCAUCCACACAAACAGGUAAGUCUGCUAGGACACCAUGGGCCCAAGAGAAUGUAGGUACUGCAUCCUCACCAACAUUCUGCACAAUAUUUGAAAUGCAUUUCAUCAUCGCAGGACCCUCUUGGGAAACUUUGGAAUACAUGCACAUUCUGAUCGUAGGAAGCUUGAGAAAUAAUCCCUUAUUGGCCAUGCAAGGAAAGGUCAAGAACUGAGUGGGAGACAGUGCUGGAAGUCUUCCACUGUCAGUGGGAUUGUGAACUUGGGGUUCAAAAACACCAUGCAGGGGCUGGCACUCCACUGGGACUAUUGCAGUGAGGCAGGUGACAUGACUGAGUGCUCCCUCACAGCAGAGCAGCAGAGUCCUCUCUUGGAACUCCCAAGAAACCCAAGGGUGCUCAGCUCCUACCUGCUCUUCAUAUCAUUGGCCACAUUUGAUUCUUCUGUCUUCCUUCCUUGGCAAUUAUGCCAGGGGGAGGUUUUAGACAGGAAGCUGCCUUACACUGAGCCAGAUCACUGGUCCACCUAGCUCAGUACUGCCUACAGUGGCUAGCAGUAGCUCUCCCAAGAUUUCAGAGUGUUCUUUCCUAGUCCUACCAGACUCUGCUGCUGAACUAUGGCCCUUCCCCAAAGUUUUAAAAAGCAUCCUCUUCUUCAAGGAGCAGGUGUGGAGUUCUGUUUACUCAGAGUAUGAAAUCUUAUAUCAUCUCACUGUCCCUUACAGCACUGUGCUUCCUGUUCCCCCUUUGUUUGAGAAUGAGCCUUGCAGGAUAAGAUGUCUCUGUAAGGAGACAUGGAAGGGCUGAAUGUACAAAUUUGACCUCCCACUAGGAGUUGGUGAUUCUGUUCCAGCUUUGGAAAACAUCAGGUCUUGUCCUUCCCACCCCUUGCUUUUUGAUCCAUGUUAAGAGACUCUACUACUUUGCCUUUGAAUUAAUGGAUUUGAGGACAUUUGGACUCUUAUUCUGAAGGCUGUUGGUAGAUGUAGAGCUUUGCUCUCCUGCAGCUCCCAGAGCCAUCUUUAACAAAUUACUUCUGUGUUUCACAGGGCAGUCAAGGCGUUCGGACAAAGUUGCACCCUUAACACCUUGCGUGCUGAAGAGUUUGUCUUGACAUCGGCCAACAGCGUUGUCAUUGCUGAGCUGGUGGUCAUGUUUCUGCAAGGACUGAAAGAGAGGUCACAGUAUGCUGUGGCAAUGCAAGAAAACAAGCAGCAAGGUAACUUAGGGUGCUUUCAGAUGGAGAGGUUUCCAAGGAUCAGGUUACGCUGAAUCAAUGUGUCCAAUGGAGGGCUGGUUUGGGCUCCUCUCUCUGCUGAUAGAUGUCAGGGGCAGAUUAUGACUCCCCCAGCAGCUGCUGAUGUGGUCCCAUCCAAACUUGUGUGCAUCAUUUGUCCCCUCUUAGUGAAAGAUGUCAUUGAGCUGUUUACCAAAAUGAGGCAGCAUUCCUGGCUCAUAAACAGUAAACCACCUAGCUUUACACCCAGCUCUUGAUAAGGAUGGACUUUUGCUAUUGGAAGAACUGAGGGAAAAUUUUCCUCGUCUUUCCUGCAGUCUCAGUUCAAAUGCUUCAGCUUCUCCACCUUCUUUUAAGGAAAAACAUGUUCUUGAUUUAUUAAACACAAUUUAUAUACCACUUGAUUCCAAGAAAUACUCUUAAGUGGAAAGUGUUGAGAGAUCCAGUCACAAAUCUCCCACAUCCCCUGAGGUGUCAUGAGAAAUUGUUAGUGGGAAACGUGAGCAGAAACAGGUAAUGAUGUAGCAGAAGAAUGGAACAAAAACUAGACGGGUCACUGAGGUAAAAACAAGAUUGGGAAAGAAGGGAAACUGUACACACCACACAUUUAAAGCACACACCCUACCCCACCUCACCCCAAAAAGAAUCCUAGGAUUCUUGGUAAGAGUGCAGGAAAUUGUAGCUUUGUGUGGCUUAAACUACAGUCUAGAGGAUUCUUUGGAGCAGGAUGUGUCUGCUUUAAGUGUAUGGUGUGUACACAGUCUUAUGAGCACAAAACACAAUUUGACAUUCCUUAUUUAUUUAUUGUUAAAUUUAUAUACCACCCUUCACCCGAAGAUCUUAGGCAGUUCACAAGAUAAACAAAUGUGAUUUGCUGUUCAUGGCAAGUUACUCUCAUGGCCCACUUGUCACAUGCUUGAUACAAACCAGAGGUACCAGCUUCUGAUGGAGAAUGUGGGGGCCAACAUCAAAGGAGCUGGGGGCAGAGCUGAACAUGUCGGCAGCAUGUCUUCCAUGGCCAGCAGCUCCUUCCCCUCUGGCAGGAGGAGGAGAAGGAGGAGCCGGCUAUUGAAGCUGCACUGUGCUCAGCUCCACACUUGGCCUCCUCCACAGAGGGCAGAUCUGUCCCCCUCCAAAAAAUAUCACAGGGGGACCAAAAGGGCUCAGCUUCUAGGAAGUGGCCCCCCUGAUACAAACUCGGAUAUCAAUAUUUGCACAAAAUGGGCUGCAUAACUGAUCCCUAAAGGUCUUGUGAGAAAGUCUGAGGACUCAUGUCCUGGUCCGACUCUGAAACCCCCCCCCCCAUUUUUCUCUCUGAUGUGCAAUGGCUGGACAGCAUUACUGCAGUUCUCUCUUUUUUUUUGCUUCCCAGAUGAUUCCACAAUUCUGGCCUUUAAGAAGGGGGAUUUGCUGAUUUUAGCCAAGGACAGAGGACUAGAAAAAAGCCAAGGCAGGAUGCAUGCCCGUGGCAGAAGACUGGAAGGAAGCCAAGGCUGGAUCUAUGCUCAGAAUGAGCGAACUGGUAAAUCUGGGCUUGUGUCACAAGAUGCAAUCUACGUCAUCCCCACCGUUACGAAACCUUCUAGUCAAUUACUGGUAAGGAUAACCAAGAUAAAUGGCUUCCAUCCCAUCUCUGCUCACAUCAUCAUCAUAUUUUUAAAGCACAUAUUCCCCUUCCAAAAAGAGUCCUGGGAACUUUAGGUUGCUAAGGGUGCUGGGAAUUGUAGUUCUGUGAUGGGUAAACUACAGUUCCCAGGAUUCUUCAGGGGAGCCAUGUGCAUUAAAUGUAUGGCAUGGAUAUGACCUCUAUUAAGGUAACAUGCUGAAACCCACAAAAAAAUCUGUAGUGUGUGUUUCAGAGGAAUGGAAGAAAAUAGCAGUACUGAACAAGGGCUUGCAGGAGCCUUUGGGGAAAUUGUCAGAGCUAACUCUGAUCCCGUUUUAGAGCUUGUGUAGAAAUCAGGCUUCCUCUUGAAUUCCUAAAUCUUUAGCAGAGCAUUCUCAGAAUUUUCACAUGCUUAUUAAAACUAAAACUGAGAUCAGAACAUUGGAAGUUAUUCCCCCAUAAAGGGGAACUUUUGAUCUGUUGUGGACUGUAAUUAUUACUGAACUACUUUAAAUUGCAUUUUUAACAUUGUUCUCUGUUUUGAGUAUUUGUUUCAAUUAGCAGUUUCAUGUAAGUUUCAAGUACAUCCAAGCAGCGACAGUAGUUCCAGUUAUGCAUUGACUUGAUUUCUGGAUUUGACAUUGUGCUCUCUUGAGGCCUCUUCUAAUGCAAUGCUUGUCCCUGUGGGAAUUCUUUUGGAACUAUUCCCCUCAUUAAGGGAAAUGUUGGCAGGCCUGGUAACCCUUCCUUGCUCUGAAGAAGUGUCUGUAAGCAGACCUGGCAGGAAAUGAGUAUCCUGCCCACAAAUCUUUCCUGAAGCAUCAGCACGGGUGGUCGGUGUCUGACAUCUUGGCAAGGAGCCUGUAGCCUUCAAGGGGCUGUGUCUUUUCAGAGCCUGCUGAUGAUGUCGCCUGAACAACGGAGGUUGGCGUCACUGAAUUCUCGCACAGAGGAGCAUGAGGAAGAAGAAGCAAAAGUGAAGCCAUAUACUCUGGAAGAAUUCUCCUACGAGCACUUCAGGUAUAUCUGUUCCUGUGCCUUGCAGCUUCCUAUUCAGUUUCUCCCGGAGCCUCUUACUUCCUGAAAGUCAUGCUGCUUUUUCAAUCAACAGUUGCAUGUUAUUGUGCUUAAACCCGUCUUAGUUAUUGCAUCCCACUCCAUCUUCCAUGUGAUGGAAAUGACUCUUGUGGUGACCCCUCUUGCCGUUCCUUAUCUGCAGUGAAGUAGAGGACACAGGGAAGGUGGACCACUCCUCUGCUGAUGGCCACUGAGAUACUGUUCCAGCCAGGAUUUUCCCCAUAUUCAAAUGCAAAUCAGAGUUGGCACCAAUCUUCAUUUGGCAACAUAGAAAAAAGGGGCCUAAUCUUCAGAAGUGCAAGAGGGAAACCUCCUUCCCAUGGGUCUAGUUAGGUCCUGCAAGGGUCAUAAUUUGGCCUCGGAGGCUAUUUCUCCAAGCCAUGCCCACCUUAAGCCAUAUGUGACAUCAGGUGUGGCUGCAUAGGAACAUUCAUGAGCUCAACAUGCACUCCCAACUGUUCCAAGGCAAGCAGAGGUCACGCUUAAUACUCUUCAGUUGAUUGGUGCCAAUAGGAAGCGCUGCUGGGAUCAGCUGCACUAGGGAGUUGCCUAUCAGGAACUCACUUGUUCAGCAGAUAGCGCUGUCAAGAGUGUGUGGGGGGCACCUGGCCCAUUGGCUGGGUCCAGUCCCCCACCUCUGUGCUAGAGGGUGACCUGUUCAGUAUUGGUAAACGUUAGCAGGUGCAGGGAAUUUUAGGUUGGAUCCAUGCCAGGCAGGGUAGAGCCAUAAUCCUAACUUUUGGCAGGUGUGUUACCCCUGCUUACUGGGAGGGAGAGAAGCAAAAUUGUGGUGCAAGUGCAUUGCUUCGAACCUGCCAGCAAUUGAGUGGCUGCAUUCUGCACAAGCUGCAAUUUCCAAACAGUCUUAAAAGGCAGCCCCAUGUAUUGCACUGCAGUGCACUGCAGCAAUCCUAGCUUGAGGUUACCAGAGCAAAGAAUACUGCAGCCAGGUUAUACCUGUCCAGAUAGAUUUUCUCUGUUACAUUUUUUAUCCUAUCCCAAGCAAAUGUUAAGUCCAAAUGGCACUGCUUUGAGGAAAUGUUCUUUUGUUUUCCCAGAGUUCCUGAAAAGGAGUCGAUCAGCAAGGCGGUCUUACACAAGUCCCGUGGGCGGAGUCACCUAUGGGCUCACUCUAGGGAACCCCUAAAACAGCCUUUACUGAAGAAGGUGUGCACCAACUCUGACCUCUGGGACUUUGCUUGCCAGUCCUUCAUUGAUAUCCUUUAUGCUGGUGACAGGGUUGCAUACCACCCCAAUAUAACAACAACAACAACAAUAAUAAUAAUAAUAAUAGAUAAUAAUAAAAAAAUUAUUUAUACUCCGCCCAUCUGGCCGGGUUUCCCCAGCCACUCUGGGCGGCUUCCAACAAAAUAUUAAAAUACAAUAGUCUGUCAAACAUUAAAAGCUUCCCUAAACAGGGCUGCCUUCAGAUGUCUUUUAAAAGUCUGGUAGUUGUUUUUCUCUUUGACAUCUGGUGGGAGGGCGUUCCACAGGGCGGGUGCCACUACCGAGAAGGCCCUCUGCCUGGUUCCCUGUAACUUGACACAAUGGUGCCAUAUUCCAGGGUUCAUGUAUGAGGCACAGCAGAGACUGUGGUGUCUUUAUGAUAAAUGGUUCAUACUAUAUACAACCUGAGUCUAUGAUGGAGGGGUUCAUAGCAUUAACACCCCCAAAAGAGAAGUCACAGAAGGCAGUACUAAUUGGUAAGGUGACCUGCUAAUAGUUUUUGCUAGGCAGCACAGCCUAAUUGUCACCGGAGGGCUCAGUCACUAGGAGUUCUCUGAAAAAGGAGAGGUGCUUGAAAUUGCACAUCAUCUCUGCAAACUUUUCCUUACCACUUUGCUCACCUAUCAUGAGAUACAUGGGAGACUACCCCUCAAAGCAGGAGAGGUCCCCUGCAGAGCUCACCGACCAGAUAUUUGUAGUGGCAAUUCAGGAGGAAGUUCUGCGCGAUGAGAUCUACUGUCAGAUCAUGAAGCAGCUGACAGAGAACACCAACAGGUACCAAGGGCCAGACCUUUCCAACCAUCUCUUUCAGGCCAGUUCCUUUUUAUAUCAAUGUGUUUCUCGGUCAUUGUCAGAAAAAGAACUUACUGAGCUUUCAGAGGUAUCUGGCCAAAUCCAGCAGUGGAAGCCAUUUCCACCCCUAUGGUGACAAUGGAGGGGGUGGGUCACAAAGAAGCCAGCUUGGAUGGAUAGUUUCCUAAGUUUCAAGAGCUGUUGGGUUAAGUAAAUAAAAUACAUUCACGCUUCUAAGUAAUUAUUAUUAUUUCCCUCAAAACUACAGGUACAGCCUGAACAGUGGUUGGCAAUUACUCUGGCUGUGCACAGGCCUUUUCCCUCCUAGUAAAUCACUGCUGAGUCAUGCUCAGAAAUUUAUGGAGACUCGUCAGAAAGAGAACCUGGCCGUGGACUGCAGGCGUAGGAUGCAAAGGGUGAUGAGGUACAGAGGCUUUAUCAAUCCUUUGAGAAGGUUUUGUGUCCUCUGUCCCUAAGGUAACAGCAGAGUCCCACCUUGUACAAGGUGGCAGGAAAUGUAAAGCGUAUACGGCAAAGCAUAUGCAACAUGUAACCUAAUGUACAAAAGAAAUUGAAAGGGACUAACCUUCCUUCCAUGCCAGGAGAGAUUGAUAGCAUGGCAGAUGUGGGCAUAAGGCAGGUAUGCUCAAGACAUACACACAUUUCUCUUUUCUGCAGAACUCACAGGCAGCUCCCUCUGAAUAGCAGGUGAUGCCGGAGGGCUCUUGCUUUAGUGGGGUUCGUUUUAGAUUAAAAAUAAUUACAUUUAAGGAAUGAGAGAGCCCUGCCUGUGGUUUCUAUGACGGUUUGGUUCUUCAGCUGAAGCCUCAUCACAAAUCCUAUAUUUGAAGCAACAGGUGCCUCAGAGCCCUGUACCUGUCUUAGAGUGCAGCCCUUAGGAGGAGGAAGAACUCGGGGUAAGAGAGGAGCCAUCUAGGAGCACAAAAAUUCAUGUCAGGGUAGCUCUUACUCUUCCACCAGAAGCCUCUGUUUCCUGCUCUCUUAAUAGCUCUUUAGUGGCUUAACUUGAGGAAUGGCCCUGGCUCAGUAGCAGAGCUCAUGUUUUUCAUGCAAAGGUCUCCAGAUUCUCCAGCAUCUCCAGGUAGAGCUGGGAAAAAUUCUCUGCCUGAAACCUUGGAGAGCCGUUGCCAGUCAGUAUAGACAGUAUUGAGCAAGGUGGACCAAUUUUCAGACUUGGCAUAAGGCUGAGUUGCAGUAGACUGAUGGCAGCUGCCCAUGAGCAAAUGCCCACCUCUGAGAUUUCUACCUGCAUUGCUAUUUUCCAGGAGUGGCUGUCGGAAGUGGGCCCCACACAGCGUGGAAGUGGAGGCGAUCCAGAAGAAUAUCACAAAGAUUUCCCACAAGGUUUACUUUCCAAAUGAUACAGAGCAGGUGAGGCCAACUCUGCUAUCUACCCGUAUCUGUUAAAUAUAUUGGAAGGUUGUUCUUUGUAUUGUACAGUUAAAGGUAAAGGUAAAGGGGCCCCUGACUAUUAGGUCCAGUCGUGGCCGACUCUGGGGUUGCGGCGCUCAUCUCGCUUUAUUGGCCAAGGGAGCCGGCGUACAGCUUCCGGGUCAUGUGGCCAUGCUGACUAAGCCGCUUCUGGCGAACCAGAGCAGCGCACGGAAAUGCCGUUUACCUUCCUGCCAGAGCAGUACCUGUUUAUUUACUUGCACUUUUGAUGUGCUUUCGAACUGCUAGGUUGGCAGGAGCAGGGACAGAGCAAUGGGAGCUCACCCCGUCGCGGGGAUUCAAACCGCCGACCUUCUGGUCGGCAAGUCCUAGGCUCAGUGGUUUAACCCACAGCACCACCCGCGUCCCAUAUUGUACAGUUACAUACAAUCUAAUAGACUUGAUACUGCAGAAAAAGGGGACAUGGAAGGCGGGGGGGAAUGAAUACAGUAAGCCCGCACCUUGCAUGGGGGUUACAUUUUGGGGAAUCACACCUAAAGCCAAAAUCGCAUUAUCAUCAAAACCCAUUUGGGUCAAUGGUGGGAGGGUUGCCAAGGUUAUUUUUCCUGGAACCCGUCCCCUUUUUUACCCUUGUCAAGUGCAUAAAGCUGAAUAUGCACAAGCUAAAUGAGUAUAGGUUGUGGGCUUACUGUUCGUAUUAGCAAAUUCAGGUACCAUUCCUUAAUAAUGUUUCAUAACUGGCAUGGCCACUCAUUCAGGCAUCUGUCUGAACACAUGGGCUGCUCACUGGCAGCAGAAGAGAAGUGCGGGGUGAGCGCAUAACCCCCGGCAACGCGAUCCCGAUGGGGUGCCAUCACAGCUGCCCCCCCGCCCACGCUGAGCGCCAUGCCCCCACAGGCAGCGUGCCACACCCCCAGGAUGCACGCCAGCCCUGCCCCCACCUGCUCUCUGCCCCCCCCGGUACCGGAGCAUGAAGCUCCGCCACUGGGGCUGCUUAUAUUAAUAUAUAUGUUUAAAUCAGGAUUGAUGGAUUAUUUUUAAUGUGAGCUGUCUAUGUUGCUUUUCUUCUUUUUCUUAUAUUUGCAAGAUUUAAAAAUAUGUAUUUAAACAAAAUGCUAUGGACACAAAAGGAGACAAUAAACGCUAGUAACAAUAAUGUCAGGAUUGUUGACAACAGUGGCUAACCAGAUGCCCUUGAGAAGAUCUCAGAAACUAGGUUGCAAUGACAGCCAGUUCCUCACGUUUGCCUUCAGCAUCCAGUGGACAUAGAGAGAGGUCCUGCUUCUCAGCAUGGACUUGCAUGUUUUCCUUCACUGGCUUCUAGUGCAGCUUGGAGCCAAGGAGACAGAUGCCCGGCUCUUAUCAGUUUGUGUGCAUCAUGCAAGUUGUCCUCCGUUCCCUUUCCUUCCAGUCUACUCACUUUGGUCCCUCCACUGUUAUGUUCCAGGCAUUUGUGGUAGGGACAAACACAAAAGUACGGACUCUGUGUGAGACUAUCGCCAGCCAGAUGGAACUGAGUUCCUGGGAAGGAUUCAGCCUCUUUGUCAAGACUGCAGACAAGGUAAUUGGCAGAGAGGGCAGCCGUAUAAAGCGAGUGUCUUUGAAGGGCCCUUUUGGUCACAUAUCCACUGUGAGCUCUGUGUGAUAAUAAUGCAUGCUUCACCUUUUUUUUCUGGGUGAAAGAAUAAUGCUUUUUUUUGCUUAAUUUCUUUCCUUCAUACGGGAAGCCUGCAACUUAUGCAGGGUUUACAUUCCAGGAAUCACACCUAAAGCCAAAAUUGUGUAUACUCAAAAACACAUUCAGUGGCAGGUGAGAUUGCCAAAGUCAUUUCCCCCAGAACCCUGCCCUCUUUCAGGCGUGGACUUUGGCAAACCUGCAUUAUGGCUCACUUUGCAAGGCCAAAAUUUGGCACCCCCAAAUGGAUCGUCUCAAUUUUGCACACCCUUGGCUUGGCGCCCUGUGCAUCGGAACCACCCUCAUUGCCCUAAAUCUGAUGCUGCACCUUUCCACCCCCUUUUUAUUUAUCACACAAAGCUGAAUGCACACAAGUUAAAUGUUUGUAAGUUGUGGGGUUACUGUACCUGUUUAAUAAGACCCAUGGUCUAACACAUGCCAGCAUCAUUUGUGUUUAAUUCAUAAGCUACUGCAGCUACUGCAACGUUACUGCAACGGGAACGAUGGGGAUUGAACUGAUUCUUUGUGCAAACUCCCCUCUCAUUCAUCUUUUCUUUCUUAGGUGAUCAGCCAGAAUGAAGCAGAUUACUUCUUUGACUCUUUGAGACAGGUGACUGAUUGGACGCGGAAGAACAGGCCGAGCAGAGAGGGUAUGGAAAUGGGUGGAUGGAUUCUUGGGUGUUUGUUUACCAGGGACAGCUCUGAUAUUAGGAAACAGAGGAAGAGUUCAGGAAGCAAUCCAUUUUAUUGCCAGAAUUAAUCAGUUCUCUUUUUGUUAUCAUUGCUCUCUGGUGUGUGUUCUGUGUCUACACCUGGUGGCACAAAUUGGCUGGCCCAGCUUGACAAAAAGGCUCAUUUAAAAAUAGUGGAAUGAGUCCAGACUUUAGUUAACUAAAUAAUUUUCGUUUGCCACAUUAGUUGGUAGAUCUGGCAACUGCUUGUUCCACUUUGAAAUUUGUUCAUUGCCAGAUAAGAUAUCAUAAGCCCCCACAUCCUCAAAGGAGAUAGCACAAUUCCAUUUCCUGAACAAACCUAAAACUCUUAGUGUGUUUGCCGACAACCUUGAGCAUCACUAUUCAGUUUAAAUCUUUCAGGUAAAGCAGGACUUGCUCAAUGUAUUAUUGUAUCCCUCAGAUGCUUAUCCAUCCUCUUUUUAAAAAAAUGUUUGAGAUCACAAUUCUACAACUUCCCUAAGCACAUUGGGUGGAAUUUAGCAUUGUGCUCUUCCAAUCAUUCCAUCUGUGCAAACACAGCAGCUUGCAAAAUGGGAUGAUCUCCUUCCUCUGUGUGCUGCUCUGGGGGUUCUCCUGAUGAACACACUCCUGAGCCAACUUCAAGGGGUGCAGGGGAGAAUGAGGGGGAGCCCUGUUGCACAUGUGGAAGCUCCCUCUUCCGCUGAUGGUGCUAAUUAGGUGACUCCCACCCACUGUUCUGUUACUAAAAAGGUGGUAAAAAUAUUCCUUAAAAGCGCUGAGCUGAAUUUUCAUGCAGUUAGCUUUUCGCAGAGAAAGGUGCAAGUUUUCUCUGAAAAUGCAGCAUUCUCCAAAGCGAGUGGAUUCACCUUUUCCUUAAAAAUUGGGGCCCCUGUUCCUAUCUCUUGACAAGAUACUUGCCAAGAAGGGAGAAGGAUGUUGGUUUCUGCUUUCCUUCACUGUGCAGCUCUGCUUGUCACGAGACAGGUGUUUACAUUCCACAGUCUGUACUGUUGGAGUUUCUCACGGGAAAGGGAGACUGGAUGUGACGUACACUGGUUUCCUGUUUUCACUGUGUGAUUCUCUCCGAGCUGUCGAGGAGAGAGGAUGCAUUUUCUGCUCCGGCAGAGGCAAGAUGUCUUUCUGUAAUAUACCAGCUUUGAACUGUAAAUAAAGCAAUAUAGAGUAUGCAGCACGUAUUCCUCAUCCUUCCGCUGGGCACGCAGACUCUGCUUUAAAUCAACACGUGGUUAUGGGCUCCAGAAGUCGAAUCGGAGUGCCGGCAAAGGAUCGGAAUGCAGAGGGACAGAUCGGAACGGAAUCUGCUCUGCGCGUAGAGGUGAUUGAUGAGGUAUGUGCUACUGCUCCGGGCAGCCUGCCAGCUUCAAGUUAAUGGCUUUAUGGCUGGACUUUGAACUUUUAAAGCCGGUUUUGCCGGGAAUAGGCAAAAGGCUCCCAGGCACAAGUCACUAUGCUGGGGAAAUCGAAAGUAACUUUUAAGUGUGCCUUUGUAAUUAGGCAGCUGCAGCAGUGACGCAGCAAGAUUUAAAGCAGCAUAUAAUGACGCUGAAGGCUAAUGCCAGAGUCAUGAUGGCCCUUCAGGAUGCUUGUGGGAUUCCUAAGCUCAACAAGAAAAAUUACAGCGACUGGGUUCUGUAUGCAGAGGCAAUUCUGCGGAAAGAGGGUUUGUUUGAGGUGAUUACAGAAACCCCCAGUUCCAGUUACAGAUGCAUGGGAAGCUAAGGAUUCCAAAGCAAGGGAACUCUUACAUUGAUAGUAUCCCCAGAAGAGCUCUGUCUAUUGCGUGAUAAGACCUCAGCCAGAGAAAUUUGGGACGCUUUGAGAGAGGCUCACUUAAGGACAGAAGCUGGAUCCACUAUGUUUUACUUUAACAAGCUGCAUAAUAUGGCUCUUGCUGAAGGUGGAGAUGUGCGUUUACAUCUGAUGGAGAUGCAAAAUCUGAGACAUGAGCUGCAACAGAGAGGACUCAACUUUCCAGAGGCUGUGUAUUCUUUCAUGAUACUACAAUCUUUGGGUUCAGGUUGGGAGUCUGUUGCAACCCAGAUUGCUGUGCAACCAACUGCUCAGCUGACAGUGGACUUUGUUACUGCCGUGAUUUUAAAUGAAGCAGAUCGCCGGGGUGCUAGCUGCAUGGGCCAGGCGGAGUCUACACAGACGUCAUCCCAGAGUGCAGUGGAACCACCAGAUGGCGCCAAAGCUUUGAAGGCAGUGAAAUGCUACUCGUGUGGACGUCUAGGCCAUAUGAAGAGGGAAUGCAGACAUCCCAGGGCCAAGACAGAGCAGCGCAGCGAAGCUCAUCGCGCGGAAAAGGCCGAGGCAAAGGCAAAGGUCCGGUGUCUAGGACAACGCAGCACAAGGCUAUGGUUUCACGCUUCACUCCAAAGGUUGCAGAGGUCCAGAAGACGUCUAGAUCUUUCUUCGUUGUUGAUUCAGCGGCGACCCACCACAUGUGCAACGAUAAGAAACUGUUUGUGUCUUUUACACCGCAGGAAGGUGCGAUUCACCAGGCGGAUGACCACACUAUUCCCAGUAAAGGCUACGGAACUGUUGUUCUUCACAGUUUGGACUUAUCGAUACAGAAUGUGCUUUACGUGCCAGACGCCAAACAUAAUCUGCUCAGCGUUGGACAGCUGAAUGAGCGGAACAUUGACGUUUCCUUCAAGAACAAGAAGUGCAUCAUCACAAAGAAAAAUGAUUAUGUAUUGCAUGCAGAAUAUGUUGAUCAUUUGUUUGUUUUGUAUUAUGAUGAUGUGGUGCAGGAUGACACUUGUUGCAUUGCAGGUUCUAACAAAAGUUUGCAUGCAGAAUGUAUUCACGAUUUUCAUCGAAAAUUUGGUCAUUUGCAUUUUGAGGCAGUAUCUAAAAUGCCUGCCUUGGUUGAAGGUAUGACUAUUAAACCCUGCAGGUACCACAUGAAGUGCAAAGCAUGCGCAGCAAACAAGGUGAAAAUGGCUGCGAAGGUAAGGUGUCUAGUAGGAAAGCUACAGAACCAUACCAGGUUGUUCAUGCUGAUUUGGUUGGACCACUAGCGCCCUCUUUGGGUGGAAAUAGAUACUUCAUGGUUCUCAUUGAUGCAUUUUCUAGAUAUAUUUUUGUGUACAAUCUCAAGCAGAAAUCGGAGGCUUUUCCUAGGUUCAAGGAAUUCUGUGCUUGGUUGGAAAAUGUGCAUGGUAAGAAGAUAAAGACUCUUUUCAGUGAUCGCGGGGAAUUCACUUCUCAGCAGUUUGAAGCUUUUCUGACUGAGAAAGGAAUUCAACACGAUUUGUCUAGUCCUCGCUCGCCAUGGCAGAAUGGACUUGCGGAGCAGGCAAAUCAGACAUUGCUUCAAGGAUUAAAAACCUUGCUGCAUGAUGCCAAUCUUCCAGAGAGUUAUUGGGCCGAAUCUCUCUCGUGUUUUGUUUACAGUUACAAUCGCAGGUUAUCUUCAGCGAUUGGUUGUACCCCUAUGAGAAGAUGUUUGGCAAGAAGCCAUACAUCAAACACAUGAAGAUUUUGGUUCUGACAUGUGGGUUCGCUCACCACAAAACUCCAAGUUAGACAAGCGUGGAUUGCAUGGUAUCUUUCUAGGUUAUCAGAAAGGGUCUUACAGAAUAAUGAUGACUGACUCUAAGACAAUUAAGCUCACGAGAAGUGUUGAGUACAAUGCAAAGUGGGGGAGAAUGUGGGAAUUUUCCAAUGUUAUCCUGAUGACGGUGAUGAGACUGAGGAUAGUCAAAGCAACCACAACAGCCCACACCCACUGAUGAAGGUUCUGAGUCUGAAUCUGAAACUGAAUCGGGUGAUUCAGAGGAUUUCAAGAGUGCGAAAGCCUCUAUGCGACCCUCUGAAAGCUCUGAUCAAGAAUUGGAGGAACCAUUGUUCACAAUAGGUCGUUUUUCUCCUAAGAAGGAAGAGGAGAGUGUUGAAGACUUAAGGCUAAUUCGUAGGUCACAGAGAGCCACAAAAGCAAACCUCCAAAGAGAUUUGCUGAUGAGUUUGCUACGAUAGCAGUAACAGCUGUUAAAAGCUCCAAGAAGGUAUUUGAACCUUCAAGUUUCCAAGAAAUCCAGGGUUUGGAUUCAAAGGAAGCUGAGCCAUGGUUAAAUGCCAUGAAGGCUGAGCUUGAUUCCUUAGAAAGGAACAAAACAUGGGAGCUAGUUCCAGUAGUUCCAGGAAUGAAACUGCUUGGAAGCAAAUGGGUCUUCAAAGCGAAGACAGAUCAAAAUGGCAAGAUAGUCAGACACAAAGCCAGAUUGGUAGCCAGAGGUUUUGCACAGGUACCAGGUCAAGACUAUCACGAGACCUAUUCACCCACAGUGAGAUAUGAAAGCAUUAGGCUUAUGCUCAAGCUAGCUGCAGAGGAAAAUCUACACAUUAGUCACCAUGAUAUUAAUACAGCUUUUCUGUACGGAUCUCUAGAUGAAUCACUUUAUAUGCUUCCACCUGAUGGCGUACAGGUAAAACAGGGAUUUGUUUGUGCUCUGAAGAAAUCCCUUUAUGGUCUCAAACAAAGUGCACGGUGUUGGCACACAAAACUCACUGAAGUAUUGUUUUCUCUAGGUGUUCAGCAAGGGAAAGCUGAUCCAUGUGUAUUUGUCAACGUGGCGGGGCAAAAGAAACUGUACUGUGUGGUUGAUGGUGAUGAGUGAUUAUUGUUGUGGAAGGAUGUCGCAAUGUACAAUAGCGCCCUAGCUCAACUGACAGAGCACUUUGACAUGAAAGAUCUUGGUGAGGUAAACAACUACCUAUCUCUGGAAAUAGAGAGAGAUCAAGAUGGUAACAUUCUAGUACACCAGUCACGGAAAAUUGCUGAUGUGUUAAGCAAACUAAAUCUGAUGGAUGCUAACCCUGUAGACACACCGAUGACAACAGGUUAUCAGGUAGAUGACACUGAAGAAGCAUUUUCUGACACUGCACUGUACAGGAGUGUGCUAGGCAAGCUAAACUUCAUUGCCAGAUGUUCAAGACCAGACAUUGCUGUUAGCUGUAAUUUGCUAAGCAGACAAGUCAACAAUCCUAGUGUCAAGGAUUGAAAGCUCUGAAACGCAUAGCGCGGUAUUUGAAAGGCACUAUGCAUUACAGACUGAGAUUUAACAAUCAGAAGUCUGGUGGUCUUGAGAUAUUUGCAGAUGCAAGUUUUGGAAGUGACGCUACAGACAGGAAAAGUACGUCUGGAGUUUGCUACAUGUACAAUCAGAGUCUGUUUGAUUGGUCAUGCAAGAAGCAAACAACAGUUAGCUUAAGUACUUGUGAAGCCGAACUGAAUGCACUGUCUUAUUCACUAAAGGAUUGUGAAUGGUUAGUACAAUUGUGCAAAGAUAUGAAAAUUCCUGUCAAAUGUCCAAUCCAGGUUUACCAGGACAACAAAGCAUGUUUGGCUUUGCUGAAGUCUGAAGGUUGUAAGCAAAGCACAAAGCACUUGCAAUUAAAGUUGCAGCAUGCUAGGGAAUGUAUUCAGAAGGGACUCGUAACGGUGUCCUAUAUGCCAGGUAAUGAAAUUCCUGCUGAUGUAUUGUCCAAGAUUGUAUCGAGGGAUCAACACUGUACCUAUGUACAGAAGUUGGGUUUGUACUGAUAUUGUGCAAACACGCUGCCCAGUGAUGUUCACAGAAAGGGGGAGGAUGUUGGUUUCUGCUUUCCUUCACUGUGCAGCUCUGCUUGUCACGAGACAGGUGUUUACAUUCCACAGUCUGUACUGUUGGAGUUUCUCACGGGAAAGGAGACUGGAUGUGACGUACACUGGUUUCCUGUUUUUCACUGUGUGUUUCUCUCCGAGCUGUCGAGGAGAGAGGAUGCUUUUUCUGCUCCGGCAGAGGCAAGAUGUCUUUCUGUAAUAUACCAGCUUUGAACUGUAAAUAAAGCAAUAUAGAGUAUGCAGCACGUAUUCCUCAUCCUUCCGCUGGGCACCAGACUCUGCUUUAAAUCAACAAAGGAUCCCAUGGCUCACAAUGCUGCAGAUUGCCUUCCUUCAAGUAGCAGGAGUUGCCUCUUUGAGGAAGGCCCCAUCCACAGCAAUAUGCAGAUCCCAAUACCACUCCCAGCACUUGCCAAGGGAGGGGAAGACUGUGCUGCACAUAGUGACCUCUUUUAAAGUGGCAGUUGCCACUGUAGGAUGGAAACAUUUUGCCCCCAGUUCAGAGACUGAUGAACGUGGGGGGGGGGACUUGUUGUUCAUCAGCAUAAUCCUACUGUACCUUCAUUUAUACUGAUUGCUUCUUAUCUGAAGCAGUAGAAGAAAAUGCUCUCCUUUUCUAAAAGCCAAUUGUUACCACAAUUUCUCCUUAGUCUUUCACUUGAGGCUAAAUUUUGAGUCCAUGUUGUCUUUGUUUGUUGUACAAGAGAAUAUAUUUACAGGUUCCUUCUUUGCUUGUAUGCCAACUUCUAAAUUUGGAUUCAGUUUCAUUGUUGGGUGGGCUAGGGACCAUAUUUUUGGCACCUGGCUUUCUGGAGAGUAAUGUGAAUCAUAAAAAAAUACUUACGCAUAAUCAGGCCAUAUAAAUGAGUGUUACGAUAUUUCUUCCCCAUUUAAAUGUAUAUAACACUGUUUUCCUAGUGGCUCCCACCACUGUGAAUUACCAGGUGUAUUUCAUGAGAAAGUUAUGGCUGAAUGUGACUCCUGGGAAGGACUUAAAGGCUGACUGCAUCUUUCAUUAUCAUCAGGUAAUUAACAGGGUUGAUAUUUAUAGCAUACCGCUGACAGUAGCGAUAACAAUAAUGAUGAGAGGUCUCCAAAUCAUGGCCAGUCUUGAUAGUAAAGUCCUAGUUUCUACUAGCCAACUGUGAAGUACUGUCCCACCACAAUACACAAGCGGCAGAGGCCCUGCAGGCAGCAUGCCUAUGGGUGCCCCACCUGCCCUGCCGCCGCCAUCAGCAGAAUCAUAUCCAUUUGGGGAGAGCUUGCAGAGCACGCAAAAUCUCACACUAUCUGGGGGGAGGGAGAUUUCACCCAAAAUCAAUCCAAUCUUUCCCCAAAUCAGCACUGAUGGUGGUGCUGGUUCUCUACCAGCGGCAGAUGCAGCAGGGCAAAGCAGCAACUUCAGGGGCUGCAGGUAGAAGGAAUCAAGCUCUAUGGGUGGUAUUCAACUAAGUUUUACUCAGAGUAGACCCAUUGAAAUUAAGACCUAUUUUAGUAAUGAUCAUUAAUUUCCAGUUUCUAGUUGAAUACCACCCCAAUGUAUGUUUGAUCUAGUUUCUCUGCUUGCUUAAUUGAUUAGCAUAGAUAAGAUGCCUAAGGAAGAAUUCUUCUAAAGGUGCUUCCUUUGUCUCUCCACCUUUUGAAAUUGAGCUGAAUUGUCCCAAACAAUAGUAAAACCUCAAAGGUUCUUUAUCACUUCAUUAAAUUUCCAGAGCAGGGAGGGCUGCACUAUUACCUUGGCAAGUGGUUUUGUUGAAGGCUAAUCAUCAUACUAAAAGGUAAAGGAAUUGAUGAGUUACUUGGUUUGAAGGAGGUAGAUCUUUUGGAAUACACAGGUGAGAUUAAUCUCGGAGAUAUCUGGGAUUCUCCUGUAAUCAUUUCCCUCUUGUUGCUGGAUAGGAAUGGCUGCAAGUCCAAUGCCCAGAGCAGAUAGAAUGUACUAAGGACUGUCCUUGCUGAACCCACUGUGGUUUCUCUGAGUCAUACAGAUUUGUGGCGAAUCGGUAUGAGAUGAAGAUUCACAUGAUUUGUGGACAGUGGUUAUUUACAAUUCCUGGAAAAUGUCUCAUCAUCAAACCAGUAAAUGUUAUAAAGCACUGAGUGUGGUCUCUUGGGCCCAGGUUUAAAAUUUAGAUGUUUUAAUGCUUUCCCUCACACUCACUAAGUUCCUUGCUUUAAUUUUACAGGGACAAAUACAGUGCCUACCCUGAAACCAAAAGCAAAGCACAACCACUCAUUCUUUCUCUCGCUCACGCGCGUACACACACACACACACACACACAUUGCAGAGUAGGGUUAACAGAUCAAUGUGUCUUCAAUUGUAUCUUUCAGGAGCAACCAAAGUAUCUACGUGGAUAUCACAAGUGCUCAAAAGAGGAUGCCAUCCAAUUAGCUGGGCUGAUUUUCAAGGUUAACUAUAACAAUGAUCGAACGCAAUAUGCAGCAAUUCCCAAAAUAUUGAAGGAACUAGUGCCUGAGAACAUGAUCCGAACAGCGUCUCCAGAGGACUGGAAACGGGUAAGAAGAAUCAUUUGAUUGUUGCUUCUUGAACAGUGGGCUGGGGCCCAUCAGUGGGCCUGCCCUCUGCCUCCAUUUGCCACCGACUGUACUGCCAUUUUGCUUCUGGUGGCCUCAGUAACUUUUUCAAGUAGGCCCUGAGGGUUGAAGGUUUGAGAACUCUAAGAGUGUCAUAAAUUAAUAUUUGUCCUGGCUUUUGUUUGGGUUGGGACCACCCUGCGGCUACUGAUCAUGCCUCAAUAGUACCCCCUCCCAGUUUAUGAGCAAAUAAAACCAAUUUUGCUGUCCACAAAGCUUCCUACUGAUGGCAGUCCUUUCAGAGACCCUCUGAAGUCCCCACAGUUGCUAAAACACUUUAAAAAUGGCAGGCAUCAUGCUGUACUUACUUUAUUUGGAUUUUUAACUCACUCAAACCUGAAGACCAAAGGAUGGGUGUUUUGUAUCAUUCUAAUCCAAGGGUGGGGAGGUGCCUCAGUAAAUAAAUUUAUGUAGCAAGGAGCAUUAGAUAAGUUUUGCAUUCUUCAUAUCUGGAAGCAAUGACUUGAGACCCAUUACUGCGAGAGAAAGAUGCCCCCCCCCCCCGUUUUGACUCGUGUGUAUUUUUAUGCAGAAUAUUACUUCUGCCGCCAGCAAACAUGAACAGAAGACUGUGGACGAGGCCAAGAUUGCCUUCCUGAAGUACAUACAUCGUUGGCCAACAUUUGGCUCAGCCUUCUUUGAAGUGAAGGUGAGUUUCAAAGGUGCUGUUUUUUGUGUGUGGCUCCAUUUGGAAAGCUGCUUUCUGCAGAGUAGAAGCUUCUUCUAUUGUCCUGCUUCUUUUAAGCUCUUGAGUCUACUUAGGGCCCAUUCCUGUGAUGUGGCGUCCUCAGCAUUGAUGCCACCUCCAUUCUGAAGAAAAGCCACUUUGGGAGUGGGGUGAAAUUGUAGGAGGAGAUGAAGCUUAACCAUUUCUCCCUUAACUGGUUCCCAGUUCCAAAUAGCUCCCAUGUGUCUGAAGCCAAAUAUGGGAGGAGUAAGGCACUGAGUGUUUGUAAGCACAUGCAUUAUUUGCAGCGUGCAAUAUUCCCAUGACACACACACUUGAUUUUCUUAUUCUUACAUACAUUUUGACUGAGAACUUGUUAGAUUCUUGUGCAAAUAAGAGGACACUGACAGCUGGUGAUUUAAAAUAGUUCAACAGCUAUCACUCAUUUUUUCUUCCUCUUUACUAGCAAACCUCGGAGCCAAAUAUCCCUGACAUUGUAUUGAUUGCUAUCAACAAACAAGGAGUCUCUCUAAUACAUAUGAAAUCUAAGGUAAGAGUCAUAUUUUGAUACUUGACAGUGAACCUACCCAUUGGAAAAGGUACACACACACACACUGAGCUAUGCCGUAAGUUUCAUUCAAAAAACCGUUUAAGGUAAAGGCAUAGGGAGAUGUGAUGAGAGCUGUGGAUUCCAGCAGGAAAUGUACUUUUCUUCAACAGAAGCAGAACUGUACAUUGGGCAACAGAAUUUAGUUUUCAGCCUCAGACAUUUAUCUAGUAUUCCCUUAAGCAUUAAGGGAAAUAAAAGCAAUUUUAUAAAGAAGGGAUAAACAUGAGACCUGCACACCCAGGAAAGAGAAACUCAGGUGGCAUCUUCUUGGAAGGAUCCUUCAGGCAACAUUGCCAGACAGCAGAUAAACAGAAGCUUGGCUUCUAUUCUAUGGUCAGAAGUGCUAUUUAAGAUCAAUAGGGAUUGGUGUAGAAGAUAAUCUGAUGAGCAUCAGCACAGAACUGCGUCCUGGAAAACCAGAUGUGCCAUAUGUCUCUUUUUGUAGAGAACUACCUGAGUUGUUCUAAUAAAACUUACAUGUAGCAUUUAUUUUGAUUUUUAAAUUGCAGGAGAUCUUGACAGUUUACCCUUUCACUAAAAUCUCCAACUGGAGCAGUGGCAGCACAUAUUUCCACAUGACCAUAGGGAACCUGGUACGAGGGAGCCGGAUCCUUUGUGAGACUUCCCUGGUAAGAAAAGCUUAUGAUUUCAGAUUUGCUCAAGACCAUCCACUGAGGAAGGAAGGACCUGGUAAUUACUGGUUAACCCUUUUUCUCCUUCCUCUAAUGGUGCACGGAUUAAAUGUCACCAAGAGCUAUUUCAAAUAUUUACACAUUGCUCCCCUUUUCUCAAACCUGAGUAAUAGUUCUGCCUUGGGUAGUUGCGAAAAACCCUGAAAUAGAUGAAGUCUCUUCUUGCCUUAGAUAGCAUGGUAUGUGUGUUAAGCAGCAGAAAGAUAUGAUUGCAACGGGCUUGGGAUUGUGGAGGAAACAGAACUGGCUUGUAUUAUGUGCAUAUUGGUGGUUUUGGGAACUUAGGCACAUAUUAUAUUACUACAAAAGUAUAUGGGGUAGAAGAUUCCCUUCUUGUGGAGUCAAAGCUCCCACAGCUGUGCCAUAGUGUCAACCUAGGGAAAAUACAUACACAGAGAAAUGUUUUGUGUUUUAAAUUAAAAUGCCUCAAACUACUUAGACAGUUUUUUGAACAAGAUGUAUAUAUCUGUCAAUCAGCACCCAUUAUUAACUUUUCAUUUAUUUUUAAAGUGGUUUUCUUUGUCUCAUGACCAACCAGGACAUUCUGAGAGAUCAAUUCCUUAAGACUACUUGUGCAGUCACCAAAUAAGUUGGGAAGGGCAUCAUUUACCUCACCCUUGAAAUGCCCAAUUAAUGUUUUAUAACCCGUUUACAACCCAUCUCCUGUGACUUACGAUAUUUUAUGUUGCUUUUCCACAAACCACCGAAUUCCAAUUUUAUCAGAGGAAAACAUAAGUUUUUUGUACACUGCUUAGAAGUGUUAAUAUCUUAAGCCAACAGUAUUUGCAGGAGUAACAACAGAAUGCUGCUUAUCUUAACUGGCUGGUCUACUAUUGUGAAACAUUCCAUGACUGCUAAAGGGUCUCAUGUCUGUCUCGCUCUUUCCAGGGUAGUUCAUUAAAUGUCUUUUAUUUUUCCUUCAGGGAUACAAAAUGGAUGACCUGCUGACGUCAUAUGUGAACUUGUUAUUGAAUGCUGCAAACAAACAGAAGGAUUCACAUCUCCCUGCCUAAGGGUGUGCAGAGACCAUCAUUCACAGGCUGUGCCAAACUGAAAAUUUGCCACAUAUUGGAAGGAAUUCAUUUUUAGCUUUACAUUUGUCAGCGCAGUCUCUAGUUUUACCUCUUCUUGACCCUAGGGGAGUGAACCAAAAGCUGCUGUUGUAGCAAAAAGGUAUUUGUUUUUAAACUAACUACAGCUUAAAACAUUUUAUGACUCAUUGAUUUCAACAAGGCUAGCUGCCAUUCCCCCCGCUUUUCUGGAAGUAUAUCCUGUACUAGAUUAUGCCAUCCUUUCCUAUUGAGCAGGGACAGGAAUGCAGGACAGUCCUGGCAUGUGCCAGGCAUCAGCACAAACCUGCAGCACACAGGGCAAAAGGUGGCUGUUACCUUUUAAGUCGUGGAGAAGUACUACAAAUGAAUGGAAGCAGCAUCUUCAUGAUGUGAAGAGUCGGUCUGCUCCAUGACUGUUGCCUUAGCUUAAGAAACAUGCUUCUGCUAGGAAGCAUGCGUAGGAUUGUGUUGUGUCAGUUUCAGCAGUGAAGCUGCCUUUAGUGUCCUCACAUUUUCAGCAAAGACUACUGUUGGCUUCCCCUGUCAUUUGCCAAAGUAGUCAAAAUAGUUAGUCUUUGUUCAACUUAGAAGAAGGUGCACAGUUUUGCAAUGAAGGUUUUUUCCUGCUUGGGUAUUGGGGGAUUAGAGCUUCAGUAACUUUGUGCAGCUAAAUGAGUGCCACACCUUUCAGAGUACUUGACCUUUGAAGAAGAACAUCCAUACAUUCCAUGCACAGCAUCCAUUGCUGGCAGGGAAUGCUUACCUGGGAUCAAGAUUGUACUGUAUUUUUGAAUUCUUCAUGUAAAUUCAAUUUGAAGUUUUUGAUUUAAAAUAUUUUGGGUGUCUGCUUUCUGUUAAUGGUAACAGCCAAAUUGUUUCCACUUUCUAAAGAGAAUUGCAAAGUAGUGGGAGUGAUAUUGUCAACUUUCUUCUAGAAAUGUAUAUCUAAGAAUAAAUCAAACGCCUGAACAGCUUACCUCAGUCCUCUGUUGUCAAAAUGCUUAAGGCUACAGCUUGGGUCAAAGAAUCCUUCCUGCACAACAGCUGUAAUUCCAGUGAAAUACAUUAAGCAGUAAAAUCAACAUUCUGCUUUAGUUAAAGGAGAUGGCCAGCUUCUGUAUUCUUGAGGACUACUCUUUCUCCACAUAGUGGCCUGGGGGCUGGAACUGUAUUUUGUCACAGAAACUGAUUAUUCACAAGUAACUGGACACCGCAAUAAAGCGGGAAUCCUCUAACGAUAAGGGUCUCACAGCUAUGGGGCAUUACAUUAGAUGUAAAUACGUACAUUUGCACAUUGCAGAAGAAAGAUGCAACAUUACAAUCUGGAAUAUAUACUAUAUCUUAAAGCAUUUCUUUCAUUUCCUUACUAGUGAAAGCUGGCAGGCAUUUAACCAUAUUAUGCUGCAUAUUUGGUAGAUCCAUCAGGACCAAACAAAUGGUCCAG